AUGGCUGGGAAUUCCACGCUGAAGGUCCCUUCGAGGUAAGGAGCCGCGCUUUCCUCCGCGCCCGAGCCCACCUCUCCUUCUUCCCGCUUUGUAGCCCUUUCUGCCGAGCUGCCUGCGCGCGGGACCCUCCCUCUAGGGCGCCCGAGGAGGAGCAGCAGCCGCUGGAUCCGCUGCCCCGUGCAGAGGGAGCUCCUCCCGGGGUGAGGGUGGCUGGGUUGGGGAGAAGCUCGCCUCCCUCUCGCCACUCCUGGCCAGCAGCUCCGGAGGAGGGUUUGACUUUAAAAACACGCAAGACACGCACACACACAUCCUAGCUGAAGUGCUCAAGUGUCUUGCGCGCUGCCUGAGGCGUUCUGCAAGGGCGCAUUUGGAGAUCCGUGACGGAGACCAGCUUGCGAGGGGACGGUAAGGGCUCCAUGCGUUCAUGGGACGGUCGUAGGAGUUCUGCUUGUGUGUGUCUGUGUGUUUUGUGCAGAAUGACGAGCGGGAAUUUAAGGGGUGGGGGAAGCAUCGAAAGGCUCGGCCAUCUUCCGAAUUUUAAACUAGCUGCUACCCAACUCAGCCUUUUCUUCCUUCCUCAUCCCCAGCGCGUUAGGAGGACACUGCUGAUAAAUAAGGUUCUUGCUGUUCGCCUGCGUCGAAAUCCUUCCUAAACACGCGAGCGGGCGUUCACACGCGAAACACCCAGCCUGGCAUUGCAAGUGGGACGCUUCAUUAGAAGAGCUGUGUUUCAUUCAUGGUUGAUCAUGUCGCUCAUAAAUGCAGGAGGAAGCUUUGCUUUUCAGAGGCUUGAGGGAAAUGUGACUCUUGGCCGCAGAGCACGUGGAAAUGGAAGGAAUUCGGAACAGUUGAGCAAAGCCGUGGUUGUUACAUGUGAUAUGUUUCUUGAGAAUGUUAUCUAUUAGGAGGUGAGCCCUCCAGGAAAUGCAUAAUAAUUAGGUUAGAAAAUUGCUUCUUGCCUUGCAUGAGGUAUCAGAGAAUACUAGCAGUGGACAGCUUCCCUAGUAAUACUGCUUUUGGGGGGGGCGCGGGGGGGUGCCUGUGAUCUUCCUGUGAAAUUAUUUCCAUGAAUGGGAUUGGCUUUCUCCUGGAGCACUCGUUUUGAGACUGCUCUAAUGAUAUGCCCAUGUGCCAGAGUGAAGUUAACGUGAAUUUUGAUGUGCUUUAAAACUGGGCAGGCAAAAAUGACAACACCAAACACACACCUGAAAUGCCAUCAAGUUCUCUUCUUGCUUUCAAGUCUCAGCGUUAAAAAAAUGUGUGAGUGGCAUUUUGGUAAUAGGAACUGAUAGGAUAUUACCCUGGUUAUUUAUCUGUGCCACAUUUUUAAUUGGAUGUAGAAACCAUAAGCAGCAUUGCUUUCAAAAGCUAGCCAUCACCAUGUAAACAAUCUCUUGUGUUGAGUUUUAGUAGCACACACAUUCCCAGGUGUGAAGGGCACUGCAGCAAUAACGUUUUUCUUGGGGCUCUAAGGGAAUGCAUGGUUUAAUGUGUCAUUCAGAAUUAAGCAGGUGGAAGUGAUCUAGGUUUUCAAAGUCAACAUCGCAGAGUGUCUCCUUUUGAGUAUUUUCUUAAAACGACAAUACCCUUGUGAUUUUGUGAUAAUCUAUUUUUCGCCUUAAAUGUUUUGUGCAAACAGUAUUAAGGACACAGAUAGGAAGCCAGGCACUUUCUAAUGCAUAUAAAAUGCAAUGUUAAUGUUCAUUACUGUUUAGUUUUGUUCCACACAAUAUAUUGUUGCUGGCCUACAUACAUCUCUCUCUGACCUACAUACACAGGUUGUGAGCACAACUGCUACAAGAAGCAACGGAUUUAUGGUGUAUCCUUUUGGCUAAUGAAACAGUUUUCACUGCUUUGGGCUAACCCAGCUCAUCUAGCAAAUAUAUAAAAUCGUUAUGCAAGGUUAAUGGUGUCUUGGAGGUGCGGUUAAAAAUAAACAACCGGACAUCUUCAAGCCUCUUCAUCCCUUCUUAAUGGACAGCAUCUGUCUCAUUCAUACACACUGCAAGUAGCUGAACAGAAUACAAGGGCAGCAGUCCUGUGUGUUUUGCAAAACAUGUCUCAUAUUUGAACAGCAGAGGGUGUAAAUUAAGAGUCAGUUUCCACUGUGAGAACAAAACUGAUAAGGGGGAAAAUGGGAUAUGGUUGCUGCAGGCUUUUUAAUGGCUUCCUUUUUCAAUAUGAUUUAGCUUUUUCAUUUUGACAAACCAAUAUUUGAAAAGGCAGUUUAAAGACUAACAAACUGCAUUUGCUUAUAACCAGUGAGAUCUCUCUUUCAUCAUUCCAUCACAAUUCCUUAAAACGAAAGAAAAUUAGCUUUGUAGUAAAAAAUCUCCAGAGGUAAACAGAAGAUAAAACCAUGAGAUGCCUAUAAAGAGCUCAAGGAGGCUGUGCUCCUAUGGAUUUGAGAGAUUAUGUUAAUAUUGCUGUUAAUCGCUAGCUUGUUAAUAGGAUCAAGAACCUUCCCACUUAUUUCAGAUUGUAGGGAGCCCUAAGCAAGCACUAUCUCACUGGUGUAUUUAUGUGUGUUUUGUGUCCAUGUCUGUGUCUGCCAAAGCACACACAUGCCUUUGUUGUGCAUUAUGGUUUUAGCACAUGCACUGUGUGUACACAUGAAAAACGUAAUGUAUGCAGCGAGACUGAGAUACGGCAUAUUGUGCUUAUUAACUACUGUACUUCAGUUCAAAUCUGGAACAGCUGUACAGUGGUACAUCGGGUUAAGUACUUAAUUCGUUCUGGAGGUCCAUUCUUAACCUGAAACUGUUCUUAACCUGAAGCACCAGUUCAGCUAAUGGGGCCUCCUGCUGCCACCAUGCUGCUGGAACACGAUUUCUGUUCUCAUCCUAAAGCAAAGUUCUUAACCCGAGGUACUGUUUCUGGGUUAGCGGAGUCUGUAACCUGAAGCGUAUGUAGCCCGACGUACCAUUGUAUUCAGAGCCGUUAAGACUGCAAUCCUAUGUUCAUUUGCCUCAGUGGACUCAAUGGGGUUUAUUUCUGAGUAAGUAGACAUUAUGGAAUUUCAGUGCAAGGCUGCAAUCCCAAGAAAAACACUUGCCAGAGUAAGUCCCGUUGAACUUAGGGGGACCUAAUUCUUAAGUCUCACCAAAUUCACAUGAAUCUGUUUAAGGUUAAUGUGCUAGUCCCUUUCACAUCAUUGAUGUCAGGUUAGGGGUGAGGAACCUGUGACCCUUCAGAUGUUGCAGGACUACACCACCUCUUAUCCCUAACCAUUGGUCUUGCUGGCUGGAGGUAAUGAACAACAACAUUUGGCUACCCCUCCCUUAAGUAGUAGUUGAAACAAUUUCUGGCACGAGAAGGUUGUUGUUGAUCAGGCUUCUAGAAUUCUGCAUUCUCUCAUCUAUGUAGUUUCACUCUUCGACAUUAUUGAAAUUCACUUGAGUCACAUUUAAAUUUUACAACUUCCUGUGCUUGCUGUCAUAGAAAAAGUGCUUCUACUUGUCUUGGCAAAGAUGUAAUUGCAUGAUAAGCCCUAAAAGUGAAACGAUUCAUCUCCCUAUGAUGAUCCAUGCCCCUUUACGCGAAGAUACCAUAUCACUCUAAGGCAGUAUAAAACAUAAUCGGAUCCACAAAUCAGUAAAGUUGCAAUAAUUGGAUUUAAGCAACUUGUGUCUGGGUGUUAUGACUUGCUGCACCACCUGGAAUGAGAGGUAUAAACUGCUUCUCCAGAGCAGUGUCACAAAGGAUGAUUUUAUUAAACUGCUGCUGCAUGAAUGUUGUGGUAGCAUAAUAGACAUAAAUCUCUGCCAGAGAAUUAAAGUCCUUGAAUCUUACCGUGUUUUUUAAGACAGCGGAGUAGGGACACUGUCCCUGUCACACAAGUAUUUUAUCAGCCAAAUCCUAUGCAAACAUCCUUGCACCAAUGCAGUGUCACAAAAGUAUGGUGUUGCACUGGUGCUGUGACAUAUCCAGCAUGUUGCACAGAUGCAUUAACACUUGGGUUGGGCUAUUUCUUGGUAUGUGCGCGUUCCUCUUAUUUAUAUUAUUUUUUGCAUAUUUAUUGUGAUUUGUAUGGAAAGUGUGCAAUUUGGUUGUGCACUUUUUGAUGUUUUAUUUAUUGUUUAUGACUACUUUUGUUAUGUUUGUGAUUAUGUGAUUUCCCCCAUGUUGUAUGCCACCUUAAGCAUGGUUUUUUAACUGGAAAGGCAGCAUUCAAAUAGUAUUUUUUUAAAAAAAGAUUGUGGUGUAUGCAAGCAACUUGCAACAGAGCACAUGCAACUGUGGAACUGCCAGGUUGUGCAAAAUUUGCACAUAUUAGAUAUUGGGGGCAGGAGCGACAAUACCUAGCACAAUCCUACAUCGACAGGUACAAAGAAUUUCUAGCUUAUACAACUGCAAAGAUGGGCCCUCCAGGUGUGAUUGGACUUCAGCUUCCAUCAUCUGUGACCAUUGAUCAUGCUGGCUGGGGGGCUGAUGGGAACUGGAGUCCAGUGACUGCUGGAGAGUCACAGGUUCCCCAUGCCUGUCCUACUGGAAUGUUGCAAGAAUGCAGAGCCGAAAUGUAAAAUUUCAGAGCAAAGACAGAACUCUGGAUGCUGACUUACUUGUACCAUACAAGCUGGUGGCCAGUACCAAUAAGACUGGGUUCACCAGAUAUAGACAUAGUUCUUGUCAGCUGCUUCUUGGUGUCAUUUAACUCAGGUGUAUUAAGAUAAUCAUCUGCUCCAUAACUGGUCAUCAUGGCAGAAUGAGCCAACAGUUUCUCCCAUAUGUAGGUUAACUGCCAAGCAGUAAGCACCCAGUUGUUAAGAAAUUACAGCUAAAAAUGCCAUUUAAUCGUGGCCUCACUUUGCAAGCUCUGGUAAGUGGCUCUUUCCAGCCUGCCUCAUAAAUCAUACUUAAUGAUGUAGUGUUGUUAAGUCCCUUUUUCACAACAUGAACUAUGAGAGCAAUUUGUUGUGAAAUUGAUUAAUCACGGGAGAGCAUACAGCCAAUUGUUGGAGCAGAGGAGGUAAAUCAAGCUUUGCAGCAUUUGCUUUUAGAGGUUAAGCACUGAAUGUUUUCCUACCUUGAUUUAAGUAAGGUAUGAACUAAUAUGUCCAGAUCUAUAAUUUAAAUAGUUAAUUUAUUUAAUUUAGUGCGUAAGCUAAAAUAGAUAUUCAUUUAUUUAACAUGUUUAUAGCUUACCCUUCACCUGUUCCAGGGGUUCCUAAACUCUGGUCCAUGGGCCACAUGUGGCCUGUGGGCUUGGUUCAGGUGGUCCAUGGCAUGUCCUUGAAGAAUACUUCUGAUCUGAAUCCUGUCAUAUUCUAUGGAAUUCAAAUAGCUAUGAUGUCCCUUACUGUCCCGAGCUGUUCAUAAGGACCUUGCUUGUGAGAACUGUUGUGUGUCAUAAUGGAAUGCAUAUCUCUCUUGUCCAUUGCAUAUCUUUUGUGUCUGUUCAUUUGGGGAUUAUAGGGUUCACUUGUAAAGCGUGACGUUGCUCCUAAGGCUCCUUGGGGAAGAUGGAAUUUUAUUGCUGAUGGGUAGGAGUAGCAUGAGACUCUUAAUCUCAGGGUUGUGGGUUCGAGCCCCAUGUUGGGCAAAAUAUGCCUGCAUUGCAGGGGGUAGGACUAGAUGACCCUCGUGGUCCUUUCCAACUCAACACUUCUUUGAUUGUAUUAUUCUGUGUUGAGUGUCUGAGGGGCUCCAUGACUUCAUGUAGUCUACCAGCAGAGCCUGUAAUUGGAAAGCAGUGUCUCUAUCUUCGGCAACCAGCCUCAAAGUUGUCUGGGAAGAGCAAGUGAUUGCUAAAAACCACUCUAAAAAUUGUAGCUCUGUGUGAGGAAUAAAGAUUCCUAACAACUCUCAAUACCCUUAAACUACAGCUCCCAGAAUUCUUUGGGAGAAGCCAUAAAAGUGCUGUCAUAGUGCUUUAGAUGUAUGGUGUGAAUGUGUCCAGAGAGAGAACAGAAUGGCAGAAAGAGAGAGAUAAAGGAAUGCUUUGCUUUGGCCCUGCCCAGAGUUUGCUUGUGGUGCUCUUGAGAGAAGAAAAUGUUGCCCACUGCUGGCAUUAGAUUGCCAAAUUGUCUGACCUGGUGUGGCAGCUUCCUAUGUCAAGCAUUUAGAGCUAGCAAAACUAUUGUUCUAUAUCUGCAGAAUCUGGGUAAGCAAUAACUUUCUCUCCAUGUGGCCAGGCCUGUGCUCUCAAAUUAUUUUAUUCCUAUGGUGUUCAAUUUCAACCCCAUUAUAAAUUAUAAAGAAGUGGGAUAUGCCGGAGGCUGUUUUCUUAAUGGAAUAAUUGCCUAUGGCAUCAAACCGAUAACAAGGUGUAUGUGUAGAGUUUAGCUUGAUAGUUUCGGAGCAGAACUGCAGGUGGUCAUAGAAACAAUAUCUUAUUAGCUAGGAAUGCAUAGAUAAUCAGAGUGCAGAUUAGAGGCAGGUGUUCAGUUGUUGUCCAUCUUGCCUAGGUUGCAUUUUGUACUGACCUCUGGCCUCAGCUGUAGGACAGAGAGAUUGCAAAGGAGCUGAACACUGUGUAUUACUUCCUUUGGAUUUCAUUAUGGAAGAUAAUCCACACCUGAAGCACUUAUUUCCAGGGAGGGUAGCUGAGGAACUGAAGGAGAAGUGAAGAGACAUGAAGUUCUGGGGCUUAUAAGUAGACUACAAAAUUAACAAGUCAGUGGAUCUAGAUGGCAUCUACCCAGGGUUCAUAAAGAGCUGAAAUAUGAAAAUGCUGACCUUCUAAGAAAAAUAUGCUGCUUGCCAUAAAAAUUGGCCUCGUUGCUGAAAGUCUGAAGUGUAGCCAGCAUAAUGGCUGUAUUUGCAUGUCAUGAUAAGUUGCAGAUCCUCCUAGUGGUGCAACAAUAAAACUGAUAGCACAUUUGCAAAGCUAAGCAGGGUCUGGUAUGGUUUCAGAUUGGAUGAGGAUUGCAUUGCGGGGGGUUGGACUAGGUGACCCCUGUGGUCCCUUCCAUCUCUACCAUUCUAUGAUUCUAUGGUUUACCAUGCGUUAAUUUAUCAUGCCUGCUUUGCUCCUUCCCAUUCAUGUUGGGAAGCAAUAAACUGUCUUAGCCUUAUGUGUGAACCAGGGGUUGUAGUUUGUUUUACUCCCCCAAAAAAACAAAAACCCACCACCAAAAACGUGGUAGUUCUUGGUUUACCAACUGUGGUUCAUUUGAGCAGAGCAAGCUACAAUCUCUGGUUUGGAUGUAACACUCAGCCGGUGAUGAUGGCUUGUUUUCUCUGCGGAUGAGUGGGAAGGAAAGGGGAAGAGUAAACUGGUCACCAUUGCCCUGUGCCGCAGUUUAUGUAUAUUGGGAUGUGCUAAUCCAGCCAAUGCCAGCUUUUUAAAAGGGAUAUAUGGCAAUCCAUGAAAUUACAGGUUGGUUUGCUUAAAUGUUCAUUCCGGGUGUAUUAGUGGGAAGCAUGAUUAAAGAUAAAAUUACUAAGCAUACAAAAGAGCAAAGUUUGCUGAGGAAGAAGCGGCGUAGCUCUGCAGAGGGUGGCUCAAUGAAAUUGUUCACUCAGCAUGUGGCCGCAUUGAAAAAACAAAUUCCACGCCAGGAAUUAUUAGGGAAAGGGCUGACAGGAAAGCUGCCAGUACCAUGCCUUUAUAUAAGUUUGCGAUGCAGCCACGUUUGGAAUGCUGCAUACAUUUCGUUCAGCCCAUCCCCAAAUGAUGGUAUAAUGUUCCAAAAAGAACAAGAAAGGACACCCCCCAAAUGAUCCAAAUGUCCUCCAUGAAAAGGCUGCAGCACCUGGGGCUUUUUUUACAUUUAAGGGGGAAAGUGACUCAGCAGGGGAGGAGAUGGUAAAUGUUUAGGAAAAAUUGGUUGGGGAUAACUUUCCCCCAUCCCGUGUCUCAUAAUGCUAGGGAUCAUCCAGUGAAAUUGAAAAGCAGUAGAUCCAGGUGAGGCAAGAGAAAGCACUCCUUUGCACAAUGCAGGCUUGAUUUAUUAUGGGAUUCGCUUUCGUAUGCUUUGAUUUCCAGUGGCUUAGAGGGAUAAAGAGAACCCAUGGGAUAAAGGAAACUCAAUCAACAGCUAUUAGUAAUGAUGGCUUUGUGCAGCCUCCAGAUUCAGAGGCACUAUACCACUGAAUACCUGAUGCUUAAGAUCAACAAGGGGCAAGUGCUCAUCUGCUUUCAAACCCAGCUUUCAGGCUUCCUGGACUGAAACAGCAGGGCUCUUACAUUUAGGCACAUAUGAAUAUAGGGCUGAUGUUUUAAUUUUGUUGUUGUUUAGUUGUGUCUGACUCUUCGUGACCCCAUGGACCAGAGCACGCCAGGCACUCCUGUUUUCCACUGCCUCCCGCAGUUUCGUCAAAUUCAUGUUGGUAGUCAUCCCUUAGAGAGAGUUCAAACUCAGCUACAUUAGUAAAGAAAAAACAUUUUAAAUAUGUCACAACACUGCCAUGAGAUGGCACUGUAGAGUUCCGUCUUUUGCCAACAUGAAUACGCAUUUUCCUGAAACGUUUUUUUUUAUGUGUCUAGAUCCAGCCCUGCUGUUCUGUGUUAGAGAAGUCAGAAUAGGUUGUGCAUCAGUGAAUCUUCUUUCUAUCGAUUUCAGAUGGCCUCACUGUCCUUUGUGGCUUUACACCUAUGCCAGUACCAGUUGAAGGCACAGAACAAGUUGAGCAAUGUAUGUUUUGUUGCCAUUUCUAGAGUGAUGCGCAUUAUUAAGCCCAUGAAUACACCUGGCUCACCUUACACCUUUGACUGAAGGAGGAAUAUAAAAGGCUCUUGAUCUUCUUUCAAGAAAUGCCAGUGAGUUAAGGCUGUGCUUGCUUAUUUAAAAAAAGAUCUGAUAGCUUGUGAAGCUGUGUUGAAACAUACGCAGCCAGAGCUAUUUGUAAUCUUGACAUUUUAACUUGGAAACACCAUUUCUUUUUAAGAUUUUGGUGGAAUGGAAUUUUAAAGAUUUUGGUGGAAUUCAAAAUAUGAUUGACAUGUGGGUAGCUCAGUUGGUUAGAGUGUGGGGCUGAUAACACCACGGCUUCAGGUUCAAUUCCCCUGUAGGACUGCUGCAUAUUCCUGAUUUACAAGGGGGUUGGACUAGAUGAUCCUUAGGGUGCCUUCCAACUCUACAAUUCUAUGAUUCUAUAAUAGAAGUAAUAAAGAAAGUGUGGAGCAGGAUAUUGACUGGCAUGGAGUUGCACCACUCCUUAUUUAUUUGUAACAUUCUAUAUGAGCUGCUUGUCAGCCCCCAAAAAAGACCCCAAGCCAUCUUGCAUUGAAAACAACAACUCUUCAACCCCAAGAAAAAUCCCAAAAGAUCUGAUGUUCAGGUUUUACUUGUGCUCUAUGGCUCAUAUUUGGGGUCAGAAUAUUAGUUUUUAACUAAAUCUUUGCAAGUGCGGCGUUUUCCCUCCAAACCUCUGGAGAAGAUUUCAAGGUGGUGCAGGGACCAAAGAAGAAGUUCUCUUUCAGCCAGGCUCUUACUUGCCUGACAGUCCCAGGUGCUUCAUUUUAUAGUUGCCCUGUAAAAGAGGCUUUCUUGAAUAUGUUUGAAAAUUGCAAUGCUUAAUCAGUCAUGUGGGCUUAGUACUGCUUCAGUUCUGUUAAAAAAAGCAUCCCUUUUAAUCCAGAAGUAUGCCAUCAAGAUGAGGUCUCCCUUUUUUAUUUAAUGAAAUAGAAGCAGGCAUUCAGGGCCUGGAAAAGAAAGAAGCAAAGAAUGUGUGUUAAACUACAAUUACAUUGGCACAACUUUUCUAUUCAGUGUUCUCUGCUCUGUGUGCUUUCCAAGAUGAUGUGUAGCUGAAAGGUGGUAUUUCAGCAGGUGUAGAACUCUGACAAAGACAAAAUGCUUCUGUAAAAUCCCAUUAUGAGCACCUAGUGAAGGCAAUGCUACAUUUUUUAACGGAAAGCUUGUGUUUAGUAAAGGUUGGUUUAGCCUUGACCUGUAAUACCAGAAGGGCAUAUCUUUUUAUUACUUACAUUCUCUCAAUUAGACCACAGACGUACCCUUGAGAACAAGCGUACAAGAGCCGUAGUCUGCGAUCUGAAAAUCUUACAGAAUUGGGCUGCAGCUAACAUUUACAUUAUGCAUGGGAUUCACAUCCAAAACAAAUCAUGAAAACAUUUGCUAGAGGUAUUUAUAGCUGUCAUUUUACUAACCAUCUGUGCCUUCACGGGAGUAUACACAUGGUUAGGAGCGAACAAAGCUCAUGAUAGCAGUCGGUCUUAACUUUAAAAUCACAAAUGCAACUGCGGAAACACACACACAUUUCAUUUAUCCAGACCUCAGAUGUCUAUAUCAUAGAGUCGGUGUGGUAUAGUUUAUAGUUCUGGAUAUAGACUUAGAAUCAUAGAAUUGUAGAGCUGGAAGGGACCCUGAGUAUCAUCUAGUCCAACUCCCUGCAAUGGAGGAAUAUGCUGCUGUCUCGUACAGGGAUUGAACCUGCAACCUUCACAUUAUCAGCACCAUGCUCUAACCAACCGAGAGUCAUGGGUUCAAAACUUCACAAAGGCUGCCAUCAUAAACACCUUUCCUGGGGAUUAAGUCCCACUGAGCUCAGUGAGACUUACUUCUGAGUAAGCAUGCGUCAGAUUGCACUGUUAGUCAUAAAACUCAUCCAGUAACCUCACACCAGCCAUUAUCACUUAGCGUAACCUACCUCACAGGGUGAUGUUGUCUUAUAUCAAACAAUUUUAUCCCUAGACAAUGAGUUUGUUUUUCUAAGCUGGGUCUCCUACCAAGCCACCUGGAACAAUCUGCUUUCCUGAGAACAGAACGAGGAGUUCACUUUGAAAGGUGCUUUAGAUAAAACUCUCAUAAAUAAUUUGUUCUGCUUACAGCAUACAUUACCUUAAGCUGAAACAGUGCAUGAGUUAGCACACUAGCUUCCCUCCACCCCUUAGAUACCUGAAUUUACAUUCUGUUUUACCUAAAUAAACCUUACCAGGGACUUUCCAAAUUAAUAUUUUAUUUUACCCUAUGGUUAUUCAGAGGCUCUUGUACUCAAAAAAAGUCUACCGUCUAAAAAAACAAUUUGGUUUUGAUAUAAUGCAGAGGAGAGAAAACAUACCUCCCUGCAUAAAAUAGAACAGGCAUGCAUAGGUCUACUUUAAUUUUACUCCUGACUGUUGGGAUAUCCAGCAAACCUUGUUCAUGUAAGUGGAAAGAAAGUAGUGUUUCCUUGGAAUGAGGGACAGUGGAGACUGUGGUGUCUUUAUGAUAUAUGGUUUAUUUACACAUAUAUACAACCUGCAAAUCAGUUUACUGAUACUUUCUGAUAAUAUUCUGCAAUUGCUGCAACCUGAGGAAUGCACUCAGUUUAACACCAUGUGGCUAUUAUAAUUCUUAAGGCAGCUACUGUCACGGUCUACAGUUUUUAAUCUUUUAACUAUCAUCCAUAACCUUAGCAUUUCAAAGAAGGAACAUUGCUGCACCAUGAAAGGGGAUAUCUUGAUAAAGUCAGCUACUGAAUCCCAGUGAGCAUAGUGCUCUUUUAGAAUUAAAACCAAGAUACAAUGGAUCUUGCCCUGUAUCACAUUCAUCAGCGGAAAAUGAGAUUGAGAAACAGCACAGUUACUUUGCAGACAUGGAAUUACAAUUCCAGCUGAGUUUACUGUUCUAAGAACAGUGACGAGUUCACAUCUACAGACUUCUGAGGGUCUUAUAGACCUUUAAGGCCCAGUUCCGAUGUAAUGGGGAACAGUGGUUUUCCACUGUAUUAAUUAACUAUGAAAGGUUUUGAACUCUUGCAUUCCCGUUUUCCCACUUUGCCUUCUUGCAUGUCAGAGGAAGAGCUUAUAAGCUUUUUUUCCCAGUUCCCAGGUCUGCUUGCACAACUAAACUCCUCCCAUGGGACAGUCCCAUUACAUGGACAGACAAUGUUGAAUUACACCCACUGAUUGCUCAUUCCAGAGAAAGCUGUAUCACCUCAAAUAUGUAUCUUUUCUUGGAUAAAUUAUAUCGUGUUUGCAUUGAUGAGUAGUCUGAGACAAAAUAAUUCCCUGCCACUAUUCUCUAGCUAUCUGGAGAGGGGGAGCAAUGCUGUUAGGAUCCAGUGGAGCAAACAAAGAAACAGGUUGUAGUGAGUUUGAGUUUGAAGUCAGAAGCAGAGUGAGUUGAGAAUUCAGAGCUGUGAUUUUUAGUAUUAUUAUUAUUAUUAUUUUGCUGUCUACUUGUUUUGUACAUCAAGCAACCAAGAAAACAAUCUAUGUGGGCAUUUCCCCAUCUCUUGGAAUUAAGAACACACAGUCUUUUCAGGAUUCACAUUCAAUGUAUUGGUCCACAUGCAGCCAAUCACUGUCUCCAAACAUCUGUCUAGCACUUUAGACACCACUGCUGAUUCAGAUGGAACAGAGAGAUAGAGUGGAUAUUGUCUACAUACAGUACUGGUGACACUGCACUUCAAAUCAGAGAUAGAGAGAGAAUUGUAGAGCUGGAAGGGACCACAAGGGUUAUCUACUCCAACUCCUUCCAAUACAGGAAUCUUUCACUCAACGUGGGGCACGAACCCACAGCCCUGAUAUUAAUAGUCUCGUGAUGUACCAGCUGAGUUAUCCUGACUGUGUCUCCUGAUGACAGCAUCCAGUGACUACAUGUAGACAGUAAAUAGUAUGAAGGACAAGAUGGAACCCUCUGAGAUGCCAUAGGAAAGCUCCCAUGUCCUUGAACACUGCCCCUCCAUAACUUCUUGCUGGAAACAGUCCUUGAGGUAGGAGCAGAACCACCUACAACCUCCAAUUCCUUGAUACCAAAAGCUGCUGAGAAGCCAAGAAGAAUGAGCAGGGUCCCGUGACCAGUUCUGAAGCCAAACUAAAAUGGACCCAGAUAAUUCAGCCUCCACCAAGCAUACCUGAAGCCACCUUCUUGAGUACCCUGACCCAAAAGGGGAUGUUUGCCCUUUCAUUAGAGAAAAGAUACAAAAGCAUGCUCUGCUGGUCUACAGUUCUGCAUUAAAAAUUGUUGGAUAUGAUUCUCCUACAGCUUUUAUUACAUUACAUAUAAUUUUGACUUUAGGACAGUGAUAUUACAUCUUGUUAUAUAUAAGCAUAUAAUAGCAAUACUAUAAUUAUGUCACAGAUGAUUAGAUGAUUGCUUUUUGAACCUUUGCAGGAUUAUAAUUAUGCCAAUUAUGCCAAUGGUGGAACUAUGUAUUAUGAGAUGAUAGGUUCAAAGUGUAUGACUGACAGUCACCCUAAUGCAGCAAGAGAAAUCUGCAGUUGAAAGUGGGCUUCUGCUCACAAAUCUUCCCACCAGCCACUCCACUCAGUGAAUGGUCAGCACUAUCAGUACUGGCAAUGGUGACCAGCUGUUGUGGAAGAGAGGGAAGCAGAUGCCACGCUCUGUUCAAGUGGCUAUUGGGUCUCAGGCAUCUGACAUGCAAUCAACAAUGUCACUGUUUGUGUUGAUGGGUUGGGGUCAUUCUCUCAUCCCUUAACACUUACCAUGGUCACAGCCCUACCUGACAUUCACACUUUGAAGUUUGCAUAAACAUCUACAUGCAUAAAGCAAAGUGUUUUGUUUCCAUUCACAUGACCCAAUUACCUUUGUUUUUCAGUGUGCACAUUCCUUGGAUUAGGCCUAUGUAUGUUGGGUUUCAUGCAUACAUAUCCCCUAUGCAUGCUAAGCCUAAUGCAAGCAUAGGCAAACUCGGCCCUCCAGAUGUUUUAGGACUACAACUCCCAUCAUCCCUAGCUAACAGGCCCAGUGGUCAGGGAUGAUGGGAAUUGUAGUCCCAAAACAUCUGGAGGGCCGAGUUUGCCUAUGCCUGGUCUAAUGCAUAAGCAAGGGCCAGGAUGCAAUUUCCCACUUCAUAUGGGAUUUGAGAUCAGUGUUGACGUGUUCACAAAAUAUAAGUCUUUUUUUGCAAUCCUUCGGGUACAAAUUGUGGCCUUCCAAUAUUAAUACUUUAAAUUCUCCUUGAGACUAUAUAGUUUCGGAUUAUGCCAUUGACUAGGAAGCUUAUCUUUCUCUAUUAGAUACUUUACAUAUUAUAUCUUUCUUUGCAUAUUAUAUCUUUCUUUGAAAUUCCAUACUUUGUGAUGCAUUUAUGAGAGAUUAUUGGGGACUGGAAGUAUGAAUGAUAAUAUAAAAGAUAGCUAAGGGCAGCAAGUGUGAAGCAGUGCACAAAAAAAUAAUCUAAUUGCAUGAAUGUUGUACCAUUGUGGUUAAAGUUACCAGCUUUUAAGACAACAUUUACUAUUUAACAAGUGUUUGGAAUGAAGAAUAUCUUUGACAUCUUUGACACUUGUCAAAAAGGGAGUGUCAUGAAUAAAUACGCAAAAAUAACCACAGCUUCCCAGCUGGGUUGACAUUUAUGGUAAUCGAAACAAAAUAAAAAAUUAAAAAAUUCCUUCCAGUAGCACCUUAGAGACCAAUUAAGUUUGUUAUUGGUUUGAGCUUUUGUGUGCAUGCACACUUCUUCAGAUACAGCUACCUACCUGUAACUAGAUUUAUGGUAAUGUUAGCAGUCCUAAGAAGGAUGUGCCUAAAAUUGAAAUGCAGAAUAGGAGCUUCAAUUAUGGUCAACUAUGAGGAAACCAUUUUGAGCAGCCUUAGCCAACCUGGUGCCCUCCAGAUAUUUUGGACCACAACUCCCAUCAGCCUCGGCCAGUUUUGUAGUCCCAUGCAUCUGAUGGGUACCAGGUUGGCGAAAGCUGAUUUAGAACAUUUUGUUCAGAAACUGCUCAAAGUGCCAACAAACUGCACAUACACAGCUUCAGGUCAAUCCUUAUUAAGAGAAGAUUGACUCCACAGAGUGGUGUUGUAAAGAGCUUGUCUUAAAAAUGGUUUCUCAGCUUGCAUGAACAAGUCACAUUGGGUGCGUAUUGAGAGCUGUUUGUCGAAAGAAAGGAACACUUCCAUUGCUCACACAAUUAGUCACAGCACUACGAGCAGCAGGAUACUUACUUAUCCCCAUGGCUAGAGAUCCUAGAUAGCAUCACAUUUUUCCAACAGUGUUAAAUGAGCAAGGAUACAGAUUGCUUAAUCAGGAUAAGCAAUAGGAAAGUGGAUUCUUUGUCAGCAAGGGAAGACUUGGAGCCAUGGAGACUUUGCACAUCAUAAUAAGGGCAUGUGAUAAUAAUUCCAGUGAUUUGUUCUAAAUGCUCAAAAUACACCAUAUGUGUACAUGUUGCCUCAACUGGUCUUACAGCAAGCUUGUGAAUAACCUUCCUAUGUCCAACCAGUGAUUUCACAAGCAUUGGAACUUGACCUGGGAAUAUCCUCCUCUUACCUGUGAGGUUACAUUAACUUGUGGCUGACUGGUACACCAGCAGUGUAAAAAUAAAAAAUGUUUUGUUUGGGGGUAGCCAAUAAAUAAGCAGGGAGACAAUAUACAGCCUUGUCGAACUCCUUUCCCAAUUUUGAACCAAUCAGUUGUUCCAUAUCCAGUUCUAACUGUAGCUUCUUGUCCCACAUAGAGAUUUCUCAGGAGACAGAUGAGGUGAUCAGGCACUCCCAUUUCUUUAAGAACUUGCCAUAGUUUGCUGUGGUUGACACAGUCAAAGGCUUUUGCAUAGUCAAUGAAGCAGAAGUAGAUGGUUUUCCCAGUAGUGAUGUAUGGAAGUGAGAGCUGGACCAUAAAGAAGGCUGACCGCCGAAGAAUUGAUGCUUUUGAAUUAUGGUGCUGGAGGAGACUCUUGAGAGUCCCAUGGACUGCAAGAAGAUCAAACCUAUCCAUUCUUAAGGAAAUCAGCCCUGAAUGCUCACUGGAAGGACAGGCCCUGAAGCUGAGGCUCCAAUACUUUGGCUACCUCAUGAGAAGAGAAGACUCCCUGGAAAAGACCCUGAUAUUGGGAAAGAUGGAGGGCACAAGGAGAAGGGGAUGACGGAGGAUGAGAUGAUUGGACAAUGUUCUCAAAGCUACUAGCAUGAGUUUGACCAAACUGCGGGAGGCAGUGGAAAAUAGGAGUGCCUGGCGUGCUCUGGUCCAUGGGGUCACGAAGAGUCGGACACAACUAAACGACUAAACAAAAACAAAGCCAAUAAAUAAUAUGAAGCCACAAUGUUUCCCUCAGGGCUUGUGGUGGGCAUUCCUACCCACCCACCCAGUAUGCAGAUUGCAGGGCUUGAGCCUAGGCAUAUUAACUCACUCUCUCUCCCGCCCCAUGUGUCAUGCUCCCAUUUCUGUUCAGCUCCCCUAUGGCUGCUAUUGUUAAAGAAAAGAACACAUUUAAUGCACUCACGAAUUUAACAUUCGGAGUGUUUUGGCCCUCGGGCUCUUGUUUUCUCACUUUCUCCAGUUGUUAAAAUGGAUACUAACUUUUUAAAGAGAUGGCUUUUCCGCAAAAUUGUUUCUUACAUUUAAAAAUUGCAGUCUGGAUACAUUCUCGUGUUGUCAGAACGGUGCAGGAACAUUUGACUGACAACAGCUUGCGCCCCAACACUCUUGCCAUUCCUGCCAAGGGGAAGGGCAGUAGUACAGGAUCUGCUUUGAAUGCAGAAGGUCCCAGAUUCUGUCCCCAGUGUCUCCAGCUAGGGCUGAGAAAAAACCCUGUCCAAAACCUUGGAGAAUCUCUGUCAUUCAGUGUGCAGAUAAUACUGAGUUUGUUGGACCAACGGUCUAACUCAGUAUAAGGCUGCUUCCUUUGUUCUUAAUGGAAGAGCUAUGUUUGUGUGCACAUGAGACUGCAUUACCGGAUCAAGGUGCCAGGCCUUGGGAACUGGCUCAUGGUCACUAUUGCUGUUGUUAAUUUAUUUUUACCCAAGAUUGUGCCGUGUUCAGUUGCAGUCCAGUCCAGCAUUGGAUGUUCAUACAGAAAGCCUGCCAGUCACAAAGCAGAAAAAUGAGGAUGCAUGAAGAGGAGAGUCAAAAUUCUGCACUUCUAAUUCCUUCAGAGACCAAAGAUAGCAAGCCUACUUCACCUUCAGAGGGUCUUAACUUUUUUCUCAAACAACUCAUUUGGCCCAUAUCUUAUCAUAUUAUCUGCUGUACUUCUGGCCAAGUGGAAGACGUAUCUGGAUUUAGAAGUUAUAUAGCCAUGAGCUUCAGCAGUGCAAGAUAUAUCUCAUUCUCCAGUGACCCUGAAAACAAGAGAUUUAAAUGUCACUCUGAUCUUCAGACUGAGAUGUGGCCUGCUUCUUUCAAUGUCACUCACAAAAUACACUGACAUUUUAGGUUUUCUGCUAUCAUAUUGCUCUAUCACCUCCUAUUAAUGCAAACUUUUCUCCUUUUUUUCUUUUCUUGACUUGCUGUUAAAUGAGUUCAUUUGUUAUUUAAAUCUGUGGUAGAAAUUAUUUGAGCCAGAGGUAGCCAGCCUUUUUGGGCCUGUGGAGACAAACCAAAGAAACUAUCUGUUGGCUAUUUCAGUGAGAGAAGGGGUGGGAAAGGGUAGCCCAUGGGCUCUGAGGAAGGCCUUUGUGGGAAUAUGUGGGCCCACAGAACCUCGUUUACAACCCCUGUGCAUAUACAUGAUGACUGUUUGGCAACAUACCUUUAAAUGUAAUAUAAUGCAUGUUUUGUUUCUUCAUACGUACCUCUUUUCAGUUAGUUUGUAGCAGUGCUUUUUUCUGGGGGGACACAGGGUAUGCACAUCCCUAAACAUUUUGUGAAUCUAAGUUUGGCCUCAUUGAGGGGCAGUAUUUCAAUAUGAAUAGGAAAAUGAGAGUAGCCCUAAACAUUUUUUAGGGAAAAAAAGCACUGGUUUGUAGAAUACGUAUAGUAUUAAACUACAAGCAGCAGCAGCAACAACACAUCUGCUCCUUGGGUGUCUCUGCAUCAGUCCUAUGGAUUGACUUAAGCAGCAGUGGCACAAACCCUCAAUUCCACUAUAGAAUAAAAAGUUUGAUCCCGAUCUUAGAGAGAUAGAAAGACAUUUAUUCCAAUCUUGGUAGCUUUCUUGGGUCAGGAGUGUCUAUAGGAUUCUGUACAAAUAGUGUAGGCUCUUAACUGCCCAUUGCGAAAGGGUACCUGUCCAGUUCAUAUACUUAGCACACGUAUAAUAAAGGGGGGAUCUGCCCUGUUGCAAGGGAAUGUUGCCCCUUUAAACCAGUAUUAAACCACUUAGGAGUUGCUGUGUCAGACCCAAAACCCACAUAACACCUUUUAAUUUUUAUCCUGUUCUGUUCCGUUCCGUUCUGUGCUGCUUUAUUACCAAAGCCACUAAACUGUAAGCUGUAAGCCAGGGCUUAAUGUGAAAUAGCAGCAUUCUGGUUUGCACUGCUCAUUUGUUUCCACCAGCUCUUCCCUUUGAGGAAAUAAAACAGAGCGGUGGCUUAGUGUUACGUGUGAACCAGCACUCAUUUUUUUUGUUUCUCUCCUAGCAGACCAUGGACAGAAGCCAAGGUUUAUUCCAGAAUAACAGAUUGUGGUUUCUCUGAAGGGAACAAACCAUAAGCGCUUGUUCACAAGUAAUGCUAAGUUAGUUCUCCUGGGCUCCCCCCCCCCUUCCCGCUUGGUCUGACAUGGAGAGGAGAGGGGUGGGUGCAAAUCAUUCAUAGCAAGCCAUGAUAUAUUUUAAGCCAUGGUUUACUGUUACAUGUGAACUGGGCCUACGCAGGCCAUUUUAUAGGAUUGAAUCGAAUAUGUAUAUGUUUGAAAUAAUGGUAGAAAAUUUCUGAGUACUAAAGAACAGAUAAACAUUUAUUUAUUUAUUUAUUUAUUUGGUGACUUGUAUUGUUGGAGCGUGUUUGUUCCUUGAUUAUGGUCAAACAAAUUCAUGGUAUUUAUCAUCUUUCCUCAUAGAAAAGCAAUUCAUAACUUUUUCCUGUAUCGGCUUAUAUUUAAGUGUCUGUAUGAACAACAUACAUUUGUGUCAAGGUAAAAAGAGCAAGUAGCUGUAAUGUUGGUAAAGUGUGACACUGAAAUUCAGCAUAUUGGACUGUGAUAAGAAAUGUGAAACAUUUUUCACAGCCUAAAGACAGAAAGUGUUGUGACUACCACCAAGUCUUAAAGGCCAAACUAGACAUUACUGGGGCAGUUCUGUAUGUUUACCUGUGGAACUAUUCCAGUCACGUAAAAGGUGUGAUAGUUCGUUUUUUUAAGAAAAAGGCGUGUGCAGGUGAGGAGUACAGAACUAUCCUUCCACUUUAGCCCCUUUUAAAGUGUUUUAAGGCCAUUUCCAGAAUCUUAAGUUCAGCUGAGGAGAAAAGCACCUGGCAGAGAAGCUGUGGGUAAGAGAGCUGCAGGUGGUGGAACCAUUCUGAACUUGUCCACACACCCCAUUUUUAUUUUAAAACUGAAUCUCAUUUUCUUUCCUAUGUGUGGCUGAGUUCCAUAUUUAAACAGGUGGAUCUGCUGCUAUGCCGCCAAGUCACAUCCACACCAUAUGCUUAAAGCACCCCUGUAACAAUCAUGGCUACCCCACAAAGAAUCCUGGGAGCUGUAGUUUGUUAAGCAUGCUGAGAGAAAGGAGACCUCUUGCAAAACUACAAUUCCCUGUACUCUUAGCAAAUACAGUUCCCAGGAUUCUUUGGGGGAAGCAAUGAUUGUUAAAGUGGUGCAAUGAUGCUUUAAAUGAGUGGUGUGGACAUAGCCCUUGUUUGGCUGGGGAGGGGGAAGUUGUCAUUUCCCCCACUUCCUGAUUUCCUCCAACAAAUGAUCCAACUAUCACGGUAGUGAGUUUGACUUUUACCGGCCAUUGCAAGUAAGGAUUUGGAGACUCUGUUGAAACAUGGUGCCAGAGAUGAGUCAGAGCAGCUGAGAAUAGCUCAGCCAGCCAAGGAAAGCUCAGCAUCAUUAUAAAAUAAGUCAGAGAAAACAAAUGAAUGACUAAGAUGAAAAGCGUUGGCAAGCAAGACAUUUUGCUGCCCGAGGCAGAGUAGCAAAUGGUGGCCCUUCCCUGCCCAUCUUCACUCAAGGCCAACCAGAUUCUGUUGGCACCUGAAGCAGAAAAUCCUACAACUGCCUCUCCUGCUUUCUGGCAAGUAAAAAUGCAGUUACGAUAAAUAAAACCACCAGCAGUUUUCUAGCCCUUCGUGAUACCAAAAUCAGCAGUCUAAGGUGGCAGACUCACUCUGCCUGAUGGCUGGUCCAACCCCAACCUGGAAAGGUAAGAUGAUAUGCAAGGGAGUUCUGUGGAACAGAUAAUCAAAGGGCUGCAGCCAGAAUACAUAGCUUGAAACAAGUGUUUGAGAAAGAAGAAUAAAAGGUGAGCUCUGCUGGAUCCAGCGUUAUGUUCUCACAAUGGCCAAUCGGAUGCCUAGAGGAAGCUCACAAGCAUGGCAGGAACACAGAAGCACUCCUCCCCAUUUUCUCCCCAGUGUAUCAGUAUACAAAGGCAUACUGCAUCUGAUACCGGAAGUAAUAUACAGCCAUCAUGGCCAUUGAUAACCUUACCCUCCAUGAAUCUGGCUAAUGCCCUUUUAAAACUAUUGAAGUUGGGGUAGUGGAUUCCAUAAUUUAACUAUGUACAGUGUGAGGAAGCAAUUCCAAAGAACUUUGCUGACUGGUCUGAAGUUCUAGUGCUAUGGGAGCUGUAGAAAAAAAAAUCUGCUCCUUAGUUCCCUUCUCCCCCACACCCCAUGUAAACUUGCUCUCCAAAUACUCCAAAAGCUAGGAGGCAGAGCAUCCCCAAGUAAUGAAAAAACAAAGAAUGUGGGCAGAGCCCUCUGGCAAGAGCCACCUCUGCAGGUUCAUCAUGGACGUCGUGUGACCAUUAUGUAGCAACCGUGAGUGUAUGGUGAAAGUGCCACCCACGGCGCCAAAUCAGUGGAGUGGGUUUGAUGUUGGCAAUGAUUUAUAGCUUUGUUCCAUGGGCUGCCAUCAUGAGUUGCUAAUCCAUCAGUAGUAACAUUUUAUGACUGGCGUUGGCUCUGCAUGACAAGCUGCGCCUGAGGAUGAUAGCUCCGGACUGUCCUCUAUGUCUGCAAAUUCUGGAUUUCACGCUUGCAACACUGUGUACUGUACCACCACACCACAUUAACGAUGAUGGGGAAAGCCUGCUUGGGCUCUCUAGUCCAUUGCACUUUUUGUUGUUGUUUUGUCUCUGAAUAGCUGUACAGUAAUUUGUCUUUUUUUCCUGGUUGUGAAUCAGGGGACUGGGAUGAGGCAUAGCAGCUUUUGCUAACCUGGUGCCCUCUGAUGUUUUGGGACUAUGAGCCAGUAGAGCUAGCUGGCUGGAGCUUGAUUGUAACAUUAAUCCAAAAUAUAUACCAGGUUGGCAAAGGCUGAAGCACAGCAUGAAGUUUGUUUGUUUUUAUCUUGGAAUCUGUCAAGCUGAAUGAAUGCUGCCAUUACAUAUCAGUUGCGUCCCUAGAACUGUGCUUGAGGAGGAAGAGAACACUUAAUUGUAUUGUUGAAGGCAGACAGAUGCCAUUAUGUCCAGCUAAGGUCUUUAUUCUCAGUUUUUAAAAGGCACCAGGGAGUUAUUUUAGAGCAUACUUCCAAAAGCAGCAAAAUGAACCGGUCAAUAGACUUGCGCUGCUAACCUAGAAAACAGCAGGGAUUGAAGUGAGCUGUGUUGGGUAGGACUUAAAAAUGAAGCCAUAUUUGAUUUAUUUAUGCCAAUGAGUCACUGAAUGAUUUUCUCUCUUCAGCAACUUUGAAUCUCCACUGAUGUAUGAAGUUUCAGAGCACCAGAGCAGUGGCACAGAUAGUUCAGGAAGCAGUCUUGGAAGCUCGGUCACAGCAUGUAAGAAGGUAACUUGCGUUAUUUUUAAUCAGAUUGCAUUAUUAAAAUAAACUUUGCAUUAUUAAAAUAAGCUCACAUUAUUCUUAACCAGCAGGUUGACUGUACUGCUGAGCUGUUGUCUCAAUAGUGCUUGAAGCCCAAGCUGUACGGUAAAUAAAAAAUAUGAAAUGGAAAAAUCAGCAUGAACAUCUGGAUAUGGGCAAAAAAGAUUGCAAGUCUUGCAUUGGCUGGAUAUUCCAAAAAUGUUUGGUGUCUUGUGUUUAUGGACAGCCUGAUCUUGCUGUGCUCCUUUCGCUGUAGAGACAAACUGUGGCUUGUGCCAGUGAAACUCUCAAGGGCAAAUGGUUCUAGGAAAGUGAACACAGAUGCUCCACCACUGGAGUUUCUGUGACUGGGCGUGGACAGAAAGGGUAGACUUGAGUCGAGGGGAUGAAUUGCCCACUCCAUAUAUGUCUGGAACCUCUGAGCUUAAUCAUACGUAUCAUCAGUUUGAUUGGAAUGGGUCAAGCAUUAAGUGUACUUACCAGUGAUAAUAUUCACAGUCGUUAAUCUUCUAUUUUCAGUUAGCUGAAGUAAAUAAGAUGGAAAUUGAUUUCCUGCAGAUAUCCUUCUGAGAAAAAAACUUGCUAAGUGGGAAAAGCUCCAAAUGUAAUUAAGAUUAAGACAGGCAAUUGAGCUAAUAUCUCAACUUGGACUCCACAUUUCGAGUUCAGAAAAUAAAAGGAAAAGGAAACAAGGCCAAAUAGACACGUGGCAAACUAUGGGUGAGCUCUAGAGCAUAUAGGGAGAGAUGGUGGGUUCCUUGCACCAUCACUUCCCAUUACAUGCGAAGGAGCACGCAUACCGCAUAUUUGCUUUAUUUGAGUCAGGCAAUGGAUGAAGCAUUUUAUUAUUUUUUUUGUUUUCUUGAAUUUAUAUUUCACCUUCCUUCCAUCCAUCGUGAAACCUAAGACAGUGUAGAUGCGGUACUCAGGUAAGUCUUCAGUCCGGGCACUGACCAGACUCAGGCCUUCCAAGCUUCAAGGUAGUGGUGGCUUCCUAUGCCUUCAUGUCAUGCCCUGGACUCACAUUGCUCACGUCCAGGUGCAACCAGACAAGAUCAGUGGAGGGCAGAAUCUUUCUCUCAUUUGGCAGCUUCUUUUAAGACAGCUCAACUGAGAGCUAUAAUGGUGCCUAAGCGAAUCCUCACAGUGGAUUCAGGUUAUGAGUCAUAUCUGCAGCUAGCUUUGCUUGAGACUGAGAAUUCCAUUUUUUAAAAAAAGCUUGAUAUUGGUCUGCACUGUUUUGUUAGCUAUCUACAAUUUGUCAGAUAAUUGAACAGGAUUUCUGCUGACCCAUGCACAUCUCUGAGGGCUUUAGUUUCAUUCUGACAUUAUGAGGCCCUUCUUAAGUUCUCCUGCCUGCUGAGGUGAGCUGGCUCGCUGAUCGGCGAAUGGCCUAUUCCGUGAUUUCGCCCUACUUACAGAAUGCUAUUCCUGUUUCAGUUUGUGGUGACUGAUCCUUGGGCCAGUGUUGGAAGCCAUGUGAAAACUUUUCUAUAGGGCAAGCUAUAGAUCUCCAAGUCCCCCAUAUUAGACCUUACCUGUAGAUAGUUGCAUUCAUGCAGGUUUCCUAAAUUUCAGUGCUAAAGAUGUUGGCAUCUUAAAGCUCUUCAAUCUCGAUUGAAUUUUUUUCGAGCUUUUGAACAUUUUAACGAGCUUCGAGUCUAGUGGCACUGUGGUCUAAACCACAGAGCCUAGGGCUUGCUGACUGGAAGGUCAGCAGUUCGAAUCCCCGCUACAGGAUGAGCUCCUGUUAUUCAGUCCCAGUUCCUUCCCACCUAGCAGUUCGAAAGCACGUCAAGUGCGGGUAGAUAAAUAGGUACCACUCUGGAGGGAAGGUAAACAGCGUUUCCGUGUGCUGCUCUGGUUCACCAGAAGCGGCUUUGUCAUGCUGGCCACAUGACCUGGAAGCUGUCUGCGGACAAACACCGGCUCCCUCGGCCUAUAGAGCAAGAUGAGCACCGCAACCCCAGAGUCGUCCACAACUGGACCUAAUGGUCAGGGGUACCUUUACCUUUACCUAACAUUCCAAAGUGAGACAUGGACAGCAUUGCAGGGGAUUGAACUAGAUGAGUCUUGGGAUCCCUUCUGAAUCUACAAUUCUAUGAUUUGAUGCUCUGGGAGAGGAACAUUCUAUUCCCAUGCUGGGAGCACAUACAUUUCCUUAUGAGGGAGAUUCCCAAGCUCCUUUUCUGUAUUUUACAGGCAAAGCAUGGAAACAGCAAAAUGUGGCCAACUUUGACCCCUGUUUCAGUGUGGGAGACCCUCUCUGUUUUUACUGCAGCCUCUUGACGGCUCAUUUAAUAUUCUGUGUAACCAAAAAUAAAUAUUCCAAUCCACAUAAAUAUGAUUCACCUGCAUUUUGACAAUAGCAGGAAUUGAUGUAAAUUGAAAGGGUUAUUAUAAGAUGUGUUAACAUGGGAAACGUCUCUGAGUCCUCAUCAUAAGCUAUUACAGUCCAUCAGCUUCUCUCCACACAUUUUAUUAAUUUAAUGGAUUUCUUUCAUUCUUUAAAAAAAAAGUAGAUUUAUCAUUUGCAAUGGACUGGCACUGGCAGAGAAUAAAUUACACAUCCCAUCCAAUUCACUUUUUUUAGCAUUUGAUUAGUUAUUCCUGACAUGAACAGUGCCUUUUAGGCAGCAUUCAAGGUGCCAAAGAUCAGUUCACUGUCCCCAUUUCAAAAAAUGCUGAGAACAAGCCACAAACUCUCAUCUUGUUUUGCCUGUUUUAUGCUCAUCUCUUUUUGAUGAGCUUUAAUUAACUAUAGCAAUUAAGACAUCCAGGCAAAAACAUGCUGCUAUCUCCUGUGUGGAGCAGAGCCCCUUUAGAGCUCCAUUACAUAUUAAAGCUGCGAUUCUAUACUGAUUUACCUGGGAGUAAGCCCAUUGAAUUCAGUGAGACUUACUUCCAAUAGACAUGUGUACGAUUCAUCUGUAAUAUUAGUCACUUAGAGAAAGAUGAGGUUAUACUGAAUUUAUGGGCUGCUUUCCCUCCCGGGCAAAACUAUUAAGUUUUCGUUGCAUGUAUUAUUAGAUACUGUUUGUGUUCACUGAUUGACAGUUGACAACACACUGAAUAAUGGUGACAGUUUAGUCUAGACAGAAGUGGCAAAGGGUUUUUGUUUAUUUUGGGGGGCAGUGGAGACAUUGUCACUUAGACUUCUCAGCCAUGAAUUCUCUUAACGAUCUUGGAAAAAUAACAUUAUGGAUUCUCAGUUUUCUGUUUGUGGAAUGGGAAGAUAAUGGCCUACCUCAUACAGUUUUUGAGAGGCUGGAGAUGAUAUUUUGAUCAUGGAAUCAUAGGGUUAGAGGUGUCCACAAGGAUCAUGUAGUCCAAAUCCUUCCUCUUAAUCAGGAUGUCACCUUUCUCAAACAUUUCUGAAAUGCCAUUGCAGGCUCAAGGAAGCAGAUUCCAGAGUCUCCUAAGCAUCCCAUUUCAUUGCUUCAACCACAGUACCUGGGAUUUGAAAUACAAAUAGUAUUUCAGCAGGAAAAACUCCCCACCACCACCACCACACCUUUUCCCAGGUCUUUUGAAAAAAGCAUCUCAUUCAACUGAUCUAUUAAUAUGAAGAGAGGAGUUAAGGGAUUAUAUUAAGCAAACCAAGACUGAAUCAAGCCUUUUCCUGUUAGGUUUAUGUCAAGGUUCGGCCUUUGAGUUGUUAAAACUUUUCUGGUUUGUUUGAGAUAGGGAACCAUUCUGCCUCAGAAAUAAUGAAAGAUUUUAUUUGGAUGCUCAUACUCAGAUGGGAUUGUUCUACUGAUGUCUCUUGAAAAAUCCUUUCUUGUCUCAAGCAAUUGUCUCAAAUUUUUGUGGUUAAAAACCCGCGGGGUACGAUGAAUGCGAUACUAUUUUGUGCAAAAAUGCCGACAGUGGAAAUUAAUUAUUUGAUUAGGCAAUACCAUCGUCAAUUUGAUAUAGUAAGCCUUACACUCUAGAUAGCUUUAAAUGGGGGAAUUGCUGUUGGAGAAGCAGUAGCAGCAAUUGUUUAACAUGCCCUUCUGUUUGAAAACCUUUUAUUAGACCAUAAAGGCAUGGCAAUUUUUCAGAGUAAUAUCAGGACAAUAACAGAGCAAUGCUAACGGUGAAUGACACCACUCAGCCUACCACUUCCUUCUAUUAGAACCCUGAGUCUGAAUGAGGGGGAGGGCUUUAGCUUAGUGGAAGAAUAACUGCUUUGUGUUGCAAAGAUCCCAACUUCUCAUGGUAGGGCUUGGGAGAGGCCCCAUGUCUGAAGCCCUGGAAAGCCACUGCCCAUUGGUGUAGAUAACAAACCUGAGCCAGAUGGACCAGUAGUCUGCCUUGGUAUAGGACAGCUUCCUGUGUUGUACUUACCUAAGAGUGAGCCCCAUUAAACUGAAUGGGACUUAUUUCUGAGUAUACAUGCACAAAGAUUGUUCUUGCUUUCUGGAGACAGGAGGAGGGCUGCCAAAAAUGCAUAUGUUUCACCAGCUCAUAUUCUCCUGACAUUCCCCUCCAUCCCUAAAGAGUCAGGUCAUUUUGUUCAGUCUUAGCCAGGUGUAGGUACCCUGAAGGCAACGAAGGACUGAGACGUGGUGGGAAGGGAACUUAGUUCCUCCCUUCUCCGCUUCACCUUAGAUAACCUCAGUGCAAUCUGAUUGCCAUUCAUUAAAUAUCCUUGAAUCCUCAUGGAACAGUUCCACUUGGGAGUUACCUGCGUAUUACCAGCGGCAAAAAUAAUCUAUCAUUAGGGUGCCUAGGGUGGCUUUUGACAUGAUAUGAAAUGAUGGAGGUUGGCUGUGCCAAUCACUUUCACAUACUCUCUCAACCUUGAUGUCGAAUGUAAGGCAGCUCUUAGAUUUAAGCUGCCUGGAAUUAAUAUUCUUAAACAAGCCCCUCUAACUUGCCUCUGGAUCAGGCUGAUGGCUGUCACCAUCAGGAAUUCACCCAUCCCUGUAGCACCAAGGAACAGUCUCAAAGCAACAGGGCAGCAAUUCUUUCCCAUUCCUAUUGCAUGUUUAAAAACUGAAUAUUUCACAUACUUUGUCCCAAAAUCUGAUGUGUUGUGAUCGAGUAUGAAUAUAUAUAUAUAUAUUUAAAGGGAAGUAUUCUGCUAUGCUUUCAUCACAGCAGACGUACUGAAAUAAAAGCCACAUUCAUUAAUUUUAGUGGGUCUACUCUGAGAAAGCUUAGUUGGCUAUCAUGAAAAUCCUUAUAAUUUUAUGUAAACGGCAUUGUGCAAACUGUGGGGAAAUACAUCUAUUUUUCAUUAGGAUUCCAGUGUACCAGGUAAAGACCGUGUAUGCAUAUUAGCAUAUUUUGCAAAUAAAAAAAGUUGCCAAGAGCGGAUUCAAGGAGCAAAUCCCAUCAUUCUUGCAUCAUAAACUGCUUUAUUAUAAUGAAGUCAAACAACUCAGCUCUCCUACGCAAACAGGUAACAAAUAGCCUCAUCUUAUUUCCAUUACCAUGAUUGGAUGAAUAGCUGACCGUUUAUCUUCCGGCACUUACUCCAUGUUGAUUGCCUAUAUUAAACAGGCAUUCAUUUACAUGAAUUAACACAUGUAGGUCCAUGCAAAUUGCUGCUUCCCUGAAAUUAAGCUGAAAACAUUGCUCAGUACAGACACUUGGGGGGGGGGAUAAUGAAUAGCAUUAUGAAGUGUUUUUCAGUAAGUGUCCCUGCUGUGGCUGUUACUCCUUUAAUUAAAUCAAGAUUAGAGAACCUGUAGCCUUCCAGACAUUGUUGUCGAGCUACAGCUCCCAUCAUUCCCAGUUGUUGGCCAUGUUGGCUGGCGUUGAUGGGUCCAACAAUAUCUGGAGGACCACAAAUUUCCCACUCCUGCUUUACACCAUAGGACCAUAUAUACUCCUAUGUGGAAAGGCAGACUUUUUUUUCCAUGGGUGGGGGAAUGUCAUUUCUAGUGAGAAACUGAUUAUGAGAGCUAAUCUUGCUAAGACCCCAAUAUACUGAUGUGGUGUCCGACAAAACUGCCAGGUGGAAGUUUCAUAAUUAUUUUGCAUCCAUCUCUUAAUUACCAUGCUGCUAAUGCAGCAAAAACAAUGCAGGAGGAACUUACAAGAUACCAGUCUCUGCAGCCACAGCAGGCGCUGUGAUUCUCCAGCAGUUUGACUUCGCCCCUGGAGGCACACCCCAUUGUCUUUCGAGACAGACGGGUGCUAACAAUAAUAAUCUCUUAAUUAUAUCUAUGCACAUGGAUUUCUCCCCAAACUAUUAUUUCAUACAUUUCAGAUUUUCCCAUGCCAAUUGAUAGUUCAGGAAGGCUUUCAAAUCAAUCCCUGCCCCCCGCUGUAUUCCAAACUCAAAGUGAAAUGCAUGAGAGAGACAGUUACAUCCCUUUAUGCAAACAGCAAAGUCGUUCUCCAAGUUGUGGAUUCUUGUGUAACCAAAACACUGUAGCAAUAUAUAUUUUUACAGGAACCAUUUGCUUGUAUUAUUUGUAUUAAGCACGAGUCAUCUCGAUAAUUUGUGCCAAACAGAAUGAUUACAUGCUUAUUAGUUCAAUUUAUUCAGUGGGACAUACUUCUUGAAAAGGCAUGUAUAAGAUGUGCUGUGAAGCUGCUAUGCUACCUGUACUUACCUGGGAGCAAGUCCCAUUGAAUUCAAAAGGAUUUGCUUUUGCGUAGACAUAUUUAGAAUUCCAGUGUUCAAACGUAUAAUAGCCUUCAACUAGUGAAAUCCCUAAAGAGAAUGAACUUGCAUCACAUUGUUUAUAUCUUACUAGCACAUAAUGUGCAGUUCAUUUCCCAUCACAGUUCAUGCAUAUGAAUUUUUAUGUACAUUUCCAAUCACUUUAAUAUGGUGUUAUUUAUUGUGCUUAUUUUCAAAGGUGGCAAAUGGCAUCCCAUUCACAUUACAGAAUCAGAGCCCAGAAUAAUAAGUAUACUUUAUUACAAUAUGCUUAGCACCAAAUAUAUGUGUGGUGUCACUGCCUGCAAUUUUGAGCUAAUGUCACCGUUUUUUAAAAAAGAGGCAUUUUAAUGAAGCGUGGCUUUAAAAGGAGGGAAACCCAUUUUAAUGUAAAAUGAGAAAAUCUCUUGCAUAGAAACAUAUAAUGAUCUGGAAAAAAAUUAUUUAGAGGUAUCAAUGCAUUAUUUAAAAAAAGUUUUGCUUUAAAUAAACAGGGACUGAGCACUCUUUGCUUAGUUUGGGUUCGAAAGUGAGCUUGGGCAGGCUCCACGUUUGUGCUCACAAAAGCCUCGCCAAGAAGUUCAGUUCUUGAGAACACAAUGAGUUUUUGUUUUGAACACUAGCCAGAUGAUGGAUAAGCAAGGCUGAAACAUGAGAAAGAUAGAGCUGAAAGCAAAUGAAACCAUGGUUUAGUAAGCUAGGAAUUUAACAUUAUGCUUGCACAUUCGCCCUUCUUCCCCAUCCCUCAUUCCUUCCAUGGCUUUAGGUCUCGUAUCAUGAUUACUUUCAUUUUUUAUUACAUCAAAAAUGAUGUAAAUUUGAGUUUUAAUCUUGGAUUGUACGCUACAAUCUGAAACCAUGCUAAUGCCCUAAUGUAAUUUGAAGUCCAAAGAUUAAACCACAGUUUCCCGUGUCAGGUUCUAGUUUAAGGUAAUCACAAUUCAGGCGUCAAAGUCAAUGUACAGGAAUUGAAGGGAAGGAGCAAGGAAGGAGCAUGCAGGCACAAUGAUUGUUCCGAGUUGAAUAAACCAUGUUUUAUUAAGCCAAAAUAUUGUUGCAUCCAGAUGAGCCCAAUGGCAGCGUUCAGAUACGUGAAUUGUGCUAGUCAGAGUUAAGAACCUACAUGAUGGUUUGAGCUUCCAAAGUGAAAUUUUGGAAAACGAGCCUUUAAAAUAAAGUUUGACUUACACCACCAGUUUUCCUGGUGUAGGUUCUGCUGGGUUGCCACGUCAUGUCACCGAGAUGCAAGAGGAUUGGAUUUUCUCUCCUUGCCCUGCCUCACCCCAUCCCUUUUGGGGGGGACUUACCACUUUAAAUUGUUUGAUGACUCAAAAGCAAAAUUGAUUUGAAAACUUCCACUGAUGCAGGCAUCCAAGCUUCAUGACUUUGAUGGAAGGAGGACUAUGAAAUCUUGUGUUUCCACAGGUUCUCUGCAGUAACAGCCUGCUAGAAUCAACAGACUACUGGUUCCAGAAUCAGAGGACACCAUGCCGGAUUGGCAUCGUGGAGGACAAGUUGGAGAAGAACUAUGCCUCUGUAAGUCCUUGAGCGAUCCGAACCCUAGCAGGAGAAGGAAUGUGCAGUCAGAACAGCGAAUAAAUCGUAAAUCUGAAAAUGUAUUGGCUUGUUGUUUGAAAACCACUGCCUAUUAGCAAAAACACAGUCAACUAUUUAGGCAAUCAAAAAUGAAAUUUCGCAACUCUACUGCGUGUUUCUGAUUUCUGCUAUCAGUGCUGGCUUACAUGAAAUUACAGGAUUACAGAGCAGGAGAAGGGGUGGCAUGUGAGAUUGAUCUCAAGAGAGAAGACUACCCAGAGUAGAAGGGAAACAGUGUCAGUAAUGUGGCUUUUGUUAAGAUGAAACUUAUAUAGUAUCUUGGCCGCAUUCAACUUUUAAAAUGUUACUUUUAGGACUGCUUUUCAUAUUACAUUUCUCCUCUAAUGGAGUUUGCUCUGUAGAGUGAUACAUGUUUAUAACCCAGUAUAGAGAAAUUGUAACAUGAAGAAUGGUUAUUUGGCUUGAGAGCUAGUUAAGCAACCAUAGGUAUACCUUUGCAACAUUAAUAUUGGUAAAGAGAACUGUACUUAUUCUUCCCAGAUUACUUGUUUAAAGAUGCUUUCCUUAUGCAGCAAUGGGGGACCUGUGGCGCUCCAGAUGUUGUUGUAGUCCAGCUCCCUUAAACCCCAGCCAGCAUGGCCAAUGGGCAGAGGUGAUGGGAGUUGUAGUCCAGCAGUAUCUGGACUGCUACACAUUUCCCACCCCUGUCUUUAAUGCUGUGUUCAUGCUAUCUCUGAACCACUACCAGUAGCAACUAUGGUUACUGUAGGAAUAACUUAAUAAGGCAUGCAUUUUGCUGGCCACUUUUUAAUCAACAAGAACAAUUUGUUUAGAAUGGGGAGUGGAAGCAAGCUGUGCAUCCCACAGGUCUGUUUGUGUUCUUACAUUGCUUUCAAGCAUUGUUCCUAGUACUUGGCAUGCCAACUGAGAAUUAGUGGUGUGUGUAGUUACUUUAUCUUGCAACAGUGAGUAUGAGUCAAGCUACCCUUUAUUUUUUAUUUUAUUUUUUUAAAAGCUUUGCAUCUUUGGGCCUUUGUUUCCUCCCCAAACCUAAGCUGUUAUUACUAGAGAGGUAUUUUUAGUUUAAUCCCUAGCUCAGUCUUUAAAACACCUUAAUUAUAUUCUGCCAAGGAAGAAUAAGUUAGCUGGAGGUUAAAACCGUGGCAGUAACAAGCCACAGCCCUUUUCCAAAUAUGGUACAUGAGUGAACACAAGGCCUUUUAAAGGCAUGUCAUCACGUGGCCUUCUCAUUAGUAAAUGUGAAGGAAUACAGCCAAGAUACAAUGUCCUCUCUGUUCCAGCGUCGCACAUGUCCCUUAUUAUUAUUAGAUCACAAAAUUGUUUACUAGCCCAUCUGCUUCACACAUGCCUGUGUUAAUCAUUUGCUGCCUGUAACACAGAGAAAAUAACCAAAUUGUGCAAAGCUUCCCUGACUCGUCGCCUAGAGACAGUUCUUACCUGCUUAAGUGGCCAAGCAACAGCUUCCGUAUAAUUCUGGGUUGUUUCCGCUAGCAAAGGUUCUCUGUGUCUCAUUCCACGGUGUUGUGGCCAUCCACGGUGCCAUCCUCCCAAAGCUGGAGUGGCUUCAUGUCAGCAAAAGAUUCUCCCCUGGGUGUCUGUAAAGGAUAGCCCAUGGCUAGGGCUCAGCCUGGCCCCAUGCAUAAUCUCCAGUCCCAACAGAUGAUUAGGGUGUUGUUUACCUGCUGUGCCUGCUUCUCUCAUGCAAGCCAAUAUAUAUAUGCUUGGUGUGGUGGUUAACAAUAUCAGGUUCAGAAGGGGGAGACUCCACUUCAAAUGACAGCUCAGCCGGUGAAUUCUCCUGCCCCAAUCUCUCACACUUACUCGCUAGCCUGCUGAACAGAGUUGUUAUGAGGGAGGAGGAAAAUAAUUUAUCCCUGAUCUUUGUUGUGGAAGUUUGCAUUAAAAUGUAAAUAUUGCAAACUCUAAUACAUAAGUAAUCAAAUAGUGCUUUCAUACCCUGCUUCCCUCCCCCCCCCCCCAACCAUUCAGUGUGAAAAGAAACAAGCUGUUCAGGACCAAAUUUUGCACAUUAUGCUUAACAUAUAGCAGGCAGUGGGGAAAAGAAGUUCUUCAUUUCUGCACAGAUUUAAAUCUGUGUUGUUUAAAUACAGCCUCAGUUGUUAUUGGGACCAUGAAAUGCAGAAAUUUGGCUAGUCCUUUCCCAGCUGUGACUCCCCCCCCCCACCUCCAUAAAACUCCUGUCCCCAGACUAUGUGAGUUAGUAAAAAGGUUCCAACUGGCCCCAGUGGAGGUUAUUUUACUAGCCUUCAUAGCUGUUUAGGAGAAAGGCAAUGUUAGAAACUGAAAUAUGAAAGCUAGGAGCUAAAUGGCACCAUAAACCUAGGUUAUGGGCACAACAACAGAAUGUCUAGGCACACUUUUUUACAACAAGAAUACAAAGCUGAAAAUGAAUGAACUGCAGCUAAAAUCUUAUGUUCAUUUUUCACAUGGUCUAGUUUUCAUCUGAAGACUGCAAAAAAAGCAAUACUUCUCCUGCCGCCCCCCUAAUAUUCUUAUGAGAUCCUAUCUUCAAUCUUCAGAAAGUGGCUGGAAGUGGGGAGGCAGAAAAAGGUCCUCCUUUCCUUCCAGCAGUGGCAGUUUUAAUCUGAAAUCUUAGGCGCAGUACUGUACCCAGAGCUCAGAAAUUGCCCGCAUUAAUGAAAUUCCCUGUCGCAAAACACAGCUAGAGCAAUGGGAGUUUUGAAUGCUGGGGAAAGGACAGUUUUUAGCUGGUAUCAUAGAUGGGAACAGUACUAUUAACAACCAGGUUUUCCCUUGUGCCUGUAAAUAAAGAAAGAAAGUUGGAGAUGUAGCUGCCGUAAGCAUAAUGUGCAGUUUGACACCUAGUUCUCCUCUCAGGCAACUUAACUGCUGCUGAGUCUGGACAGAGCUAAAGUUACUGCUGUGUUUACCCUUCCUCACUGCAGAUCAUGGCUUCUGUUUAAAAACAAAUGGUCAUCUCAUAAGGCUUAUGGAGAGCAAAUAGAUUGGCACUGCAUAGACCUGCCCUGCUUACCAGACAAAAGAUAUCUCUUGGGCUGUUGCAGCACAAUUCCUGCCAUGCUUAAGUGACAACUCAUGAACUGGAAGCUUAUGUUUUAUCUGUUUUAAUUUAUUGUUGCCCGACUAUGUUCAGGAUUGUGGGGUACACUGGGGAAAUGUCCCAGCUCAUCCAAUAAUUGCUAUUCUACUGGGUUUGUUCUCUUGCUCGUUUGCUCUUGCCUGUUAAGGGUGUAUUUGGAGACCACUUUUGACAAAUCCACUUAGUAAUAAAUAAAUAGGAAACUUGCAAAAGUGCUGUUAGAAGAACUGGGCAUAUAGCCCGGGACUGGCAAGGCUGUAAAUGAUGCUCCAUAGGGCCAGGUGGUUGAUGUGGAGCAUGAUGGGUAUUUGAAGAUACUGCCUUUACUUUGCACCUGUGAUCUAUCACAGCCCUUAGAAAUGGAAUCCCCAAUGAGUCUUCAGCUUGAUGUUGCUUAUGCAUUGGCACGAUUGCUUGCUAUCAUGAGUCCAGGGUUUACUGUGACCCAGAUGACGUCAGGUAGAGAGAAAUGGUGCCUUGCUAAUCAUUAGCAUAUUGUACAAAAGGGUAGCAGAUGGCUUGCAUGACAUAAAUAUUUAUUGGCAUAUUUUCUUUAAGUUUAAAUCACAAGUGACAAUCAAUUUAGACCGAAACCAAAAAGGAGUAAUCCUUAAUGAGAAGAAAACAUUUACAGCUGUUUCUGAAGCAAUGAAAUCUGAAGAAAGGGACUCUUGGCAAUGCAGCCAAGUAGUUAAACUAAGGACAGUUUUUAAUGUGCCUAUAAAGCCACUAGGAUAUUAUUUUUCUUGCAGGCUCUUGAAAAAUAAUUGGCACUAAGUGUCAAUUACAUUCUUUUCUGAGCACUUUCCAAAAUGUGGUAAGACACAUAGUGGUGCUUCUUGAAAUAUUUAGGCAGGGAGUAGAGUGGGAAAUCUGACCAAAUCUGGUGUGUGUUGCGUUAAGGCAGCAACUUCAAAACCUUCCUAGGCCAAAGAGAUUAAACAUUCAGAAUGCUUUUAACUAUUUAGAGCACUUGCCUUUUUUGAAUUGUGGAUGCGUUUGCUGCCCUGGGCUCCUUCAAGAGGAAGGGUGAGCUUCCUCAUGCAAUAAAUAAUAAUAAUAAUAAUAAUAAUAAUAAUAAUAAUAAUAAUAAUAGCCUUUGCCCAAUCCAGUGUCCUUCAGGUGUUUUGGCUAAAGUUAUACCACUGGGACAUGGAAAUCUGCAUCAUGACAUUUUUUUCUCCCCAAAGGGCAAAUUAAUUGGGUCAGGAGGAAAUGGUUAAGUGCUUUGUCAGACUUCUUCUGUCAAAAGGAGAGCUAUUCCCUGCAGCUGCCAUGUUUUAUCACCCUAAGCUAUCACCCUAAGCAGAGGAAUGGGGAAAGGAGUGUGACAGCAAGGACCAUGUGCUUUUAGAAUGCCAAGAGAGGGGUUGCAGGAACGAGGGCGUGACAGUUUCCAUGUACUUCGUAGGAUAUGGUAACAAAAAUGAAAGAGCAUUUGUUCUUGCCAACUUGCAAACCAGUUGGCAUCACCUAGGGUUGUCAUAUUUCAAACAGUGAAAAAAAUCUGGGCAGAAAAGUUGUUGAGCUUUUUUGGGCAAAUUCACACAAAAAAUGCCGAUUUUGAACUAUUUUUAUGGGGAAAUGGCAAAAACUGCACUGCCAACAUGGGCUGCUAUACAUCCAAAUUUUCCUGGAGAUUUUUCUCCAAUUUCCACCCAGACACUGCUGCCGACUGCAAUAUUCCGGAUAUGUCUGGAAAAGUCCAGAUGUAUGGCAACCCUACAUUGCCUGCUAUUUGAGAUGAAUAAUGUUCUCUCCAACUUGCUUGAAUCAUAGAGUCAGCCCCUGCAAUGCAGAAAUAUGUAGCUGUCCCUUAUGGGGAUCGAACCUGCAACCUUAGCAUCAGCACUCAAGCUCUAAUCGGCUGAGCUAUCCCGUCUGAACAAUGCAUGUAGGUGCAUCUCACACAUAUUGUCUCUUUCAGAUUUGUUGAGCAUAAGGUGAGGCGGCUGAAACUGGCAAAGUCAUCUAGUUAGCUAGCAGAAAAGGAGAAGCCUGUUCUAGAGAUAACAUCUGCAAUGUUGCAGGAAAUGAUCUUUACAAUUUAAUAAGUAAACUCUAUUGUUCUUACUUAAAAAUCGUUUAUUAACAGAGAAAACAGAAUACCAUCAAGUUACUUGUAAGAGUGUAGGAGCAAGCUGUUUUGCUCUCAGCAGGAAUGUUUAUAUUCCUAUGGUUGCUGCAAUUUAAUGAGCAGGUUAAGAAGUAAAUAGAACAAUUCAGGGAAGGGGGGGGUGAUCCCUCAGUUAUUCUUGUUUUUAUUACAUUGUUGUCUUGUGAAUUUCAUUAAGAAAUAACUCCAAAAUCCACAACAGGGCAAUACCUUUAUUAGGAACAACCAAAACGUCAAAAUAGUGGCGUGCUUUGGAGUUUUGCAGAAUUCUGUAUUAGGCAAGAUGUUAUGCAGAGCUAGAGGUAGAAGGAUAAGGAAAUGUCUUAUGACAUUCAAAAAGUGGGCCUUCUCAGGAGUGGCACCAUUCCACAUGCCACAGAAUGUUCAUGAGUCAGAAAAUGGUUCAUUUUAAAUGCCCCCUGAAGUCUUAACUGGGCUUGGUUGCAACAUUCUGCUAUAUUUAUGAAUCUAGGUGCAUAUUAUGAAUCCUAGAUGCAUGUUGCUAUGAUACAUGUAGUUUAUUUGUGGUGAUGAUGAUGGUGAUGAUGAUUUAGUGUUUAAACGUCUUGGGGAUUCUGCCUAUUGAGUGGAAUAUAAAAAUAAUUAAAUAACUAGCAAAGAAGUACGAAACGUAGGCUAGAUGUUGUAGCCGUGUGACCAGCUUAUAGCCUCUGUUCCAAGCUGCAGACUCCAGACUGAAUAAUAAGGGAGCAAUCCUAUUGCGAGAUUCACUGGGAUGAGUGGGGUUAGGAUCCAGGGGGUCUCUGGCUGAGCUUUGCUGUCCCUCACCCUCAGCUGAGCCAGAAAUAUGCUAGCAUAUCUCCCCCAUCUUGGCUUAGCUGCUUCAGCUGAGCCUAGUGGAUCUUAAGCCUGAAAAUGGGGCAUUCCAGUGGCAUGGUGGGGGCAGAACAAGGAGACAGGAGACUUGGCCUGGAUCCUAUCUGUUCAUCUCAGUCAUGUGGACCUGCCAACCCGAUCUAAGAUAUGUUGGCAAAAAAGGUGGUGUAACUCCAACCGCUAUCUGUUUUUCCGAGGCAUGCUGCCUUAGUGCUUCUUAUGAAGUCUUUUCAAUUGUGCUUCUAAUGUUCACAGGGUAAUAAUAUCAGCAUGCUCCUGUUGAAUUCCAGAUGCUUCCUUUUAUGGCAGGACACUCAGAGGACCUCAGUACUCUAGACCUCCAAGCUCUAUAUACGCAAGUGUUCUCUCCACUUCCAUAUUGGGAAAUGAUCCAGAGAUGCUGUUCCAUGGUGCAAGAUUCCAUGGGGGCAUCAGAGCCUCCUUCGUGCAUAUCAGAGCUGUGCUUGUAAAAGUACAUGACUGCACAACCGGAGAAACUUGCAAUAAAUUAAAACGGGUCACAUCAAAACAAGGUGCCAAAAGAUAAUAAAUAUCCCACUUGAGUGGCUCUUUUCCUGUCACAAUAUACAGUAUUGUCUUGAAACCCUAUAACUGAAGUCAAGGUUCUGGAAGUGCUUCCAAGAGAAACUUCAAAACGUCUCUCGUUUCCUCAUUAUAUUUUCAGUUCCAUCACCAUGAGCAUGAUUUUAUGAGAUGAAUGAAAGGCCAUUUAAUCCAAAUGUUUUCAUUUCCAUUCUCUGUAGCUGUUAUGUGUGUGGUUUUUCCCCUGCCAACGAGGUUUUGGCAUCUAUGAAAAUUACCAUGAGAUGCACUCCAUCAAUUUCUUCCAAAUAAUUAGUCUGAAUAUGUUCCAGUGAGAUGGGUUUCAUUUUCUGUAAAUAUUGUGCCUCUGUACAUUUCUUUGUUGGCAUGUUUUGCUUAAAUAAGUCAUCCUUGCAUUACUUGGCAUUAUGUAGUCUCUCUUAAGAGCUAUAUUCUUAUCCUGGACUACACACAGCUCAUGGGGCACAGGCAUCUGUUUUUACCUAUCAAUUAUCUACAACUCAGGGUUGAGUCACCCAUGAACAAUAUCAUAUAGCCAUGGGAGUAAAGACACAGUUUCAGUGAUAAUGUGGGUUCUGUAUAAGUGAGCAGUGGUGAGAAAAUGGCAAAGUCCUGUCAGUGCAUGGGGGCAGUUUUGCAUGAGAUUGUGCCUCAUUCAUAUGAUCAUAGAACCAUAGAAUUGUAGACUUGGAAGAGAUCCCAAGAGUCCAACCCCAUGGAGUGCAGCCAAUUCUGCUCACAGCUACCCCUGGGUGGGCUCAAACCUGCAACCUUCUGGCUGUCAGUCAGACAUGCUGACCUUUUGAAUUCCCGAGUCAUGUUAAAACUUUUUAGCAUUUUCGGAAUUCGGAAGUUGAAAAAUUCAGCUGGCCCAAAUGGUCACGGGUGAUGGGAAUUGUAUCUUAAAACAUCUGGUGUGUCCCAGAUGUUAGGGUUAGGGAAGGGAAGCAGUCACUUGAAGCUACUAAAGCAAGAAAAGAUGGUCACAUGCAGUGCCCAUAUACAACACUUCUGCAUACUUGUAUACUUCUGUAGACAUUUGAUGUACGUAUAUUUUUAAGUUUAACCAUAAGAGGGGUCCGUGGUAUAGGAAUGUUCAAGCCAUAUUGUGGUUAUUAAACUGAGAUUAAUUCACAGUUUCCCUGUUCAGAUACAGCAGGAAACUGUAGUUUAAAGUAUAACCAGACCAUGGUAGAAGUCCCAAAGCUGAUUUGCCAGGCUGAUUUUCAGCCUAGUUAAUCAUGGGCUAUUGAGCUGAGAUCAUGAUGUGUAAUUCAUUGUUGGAGUUACAAAAUGUUUAGAAUUCCCGUCCUCUUUCGUUUUCACCUUAUCAGUGUUGUUUCUUCUCCAUUGUUCUUAAACCCCUAUAGGUAUAUGUACGUACUGUGUUCACACCAUUUUCUUGGCUCUCUUCAUGCAUUUAAUUAAAUAGGUUGUUGCCUCCCAAAUCUCAUGAUGCUAUGAGCUAUUUCAUUUUUAAGCGGUCAAAACUCCCCCCCCCUUCCUUUUUUUAAAUAUAACGACUGACUUUUCAUCAAAAUUAGGUACUAUUUUAAAACCUCCUCAGUCAAGCUGAGUGUGACAGGUGCAGACUUUGCCUGAAGUACAAAUGCUGACGUACUGUGCCUCUGGUGAUUCAGCUGCUCUCUGCAGUUCGCCUCAAGGUUUAGGCAUUGUCUCCUGAUGACAAUCCUCUGGAAUAUGAGAAAUGUUGAUAUGGUUUAUCUGCCACAUAUAACUAGCAACCAUUAAUGCUGUGAGCUGCCUUGGGUCCUGCACUGAACAUAAGAAGAGGCUUCUGGAUCAGGCCAGUGGCCCUUCUAGUCCUGCAUCCUGUUCUCAUGGUUGCCAACCUGUAGGAAACCGGCAAGCAGGACUUGAGCACAAGAGCACUGUCCCCCACUCCACCCCUAGUUUCCAGCAACUGGUAUUCAGAAGCAUUACUUCCUGGGCUGGUAUCCACUGAUAGUCUUAUCCUCCAUGAAUUUGUCCUGUUGUCUUUUUAAGCCACCCAAGUUGGUGCCCAUCCCUGCCUCCCGCAGGAACAAGUUCCAUAGUUCUACGUACUGUGUUAAGAAGAACGGUGUAGAGCAGGGUUUCCCAAACUUGGGUCUCCAGCUGUUUUUGGACUACGACUCCCAUCAUCUCUAGCUAGCAGGACCAGUGGUCAAGGAUGAUGGGAACUGUAGUCCAAAAACAGCUAGACACCCAAGCUUGGGGAAACCCUGGUGCAGAGGAUCUAGGAAAGCGGGUACUGGCCUGCCAUCAACAUCUCUGUGGCCUCGCCCCUUCGUCUCCUGAACACAAAGUCUGCUAGAUGAUUCUGACAGUGUUUAGCUGAAUUAUAGUGCCUGCACACUGUUGCUGUUUGUGUGUGUGUGGUGUGUGUGUGUGUGUAGGGGAGGAAUACAGGUGCACACUAGAAAUGCAGGCAUGCAUAAUUAAAGUGGGUUAACUGCUCUUUCAGUGUAGUGCAGGGGUGGGGAAAUCCACAUUAAAAAAGGAACACAGACUUUUUGUGGUUAGGAAAGUGACAGGGGAAUGCGCUGAAAAGUAUGAGGUGAAUGAAUGAUUAGCAAGACGACAUGUAAACACCCCACAAGCAAAUCAGGAUCAAUGCUCUUUGUUGCAAAUCAGAAUGAAUGCUCAAUAAAGAUUGGGCGUAAUCUAACCACUACAUAAGUUUUGUGCAAAGCUCAUCAGGAUGGAUGCUGAAUAAACAGAGCUUCUGGAGGUGGCCCUUUGGUUGAGAGAAUCACAUGGAAGGUUCUAACUGGGUUCAAGUGAAUGUGGUUAGAAUCCUGCUUCAGGCCUUCAUGCUAAGCAGUUUGGGGAAGAAGUUUGAAUGUGUGGGGACAUCGUGGGUGGGCCUUGCAUGCCUUCUCCUCACUGUAAGGGUGUGUGUGUGUGUGUGUGUGUGUGUGUGUGUGUGUGUGUGUUGUAAUGCCUAAAUGCCUUUCAGCAUACUAAAAUAUCACAAGACAAGCCACACUUUCCAACAUGUGGGUGUGUAGAAAGGGGUGCAGGGUUUCUUUUUUAAAGUCACACAUAUUAACCCCCCCCAAAAAAGCAAAUUUAUAACCACUGCUAUGUGGAGAAAGCAGUUUGUGUGAGGUGUUGAUAUGAGCUAUAGCUGGAUGGGAAUGUUACACAUGUGUAUAUAACAUUAAAUCCUCAGAAAUGGAUCAAAUAGACAUCACAUGUGCUGUGCGUAUUUCUUAAAUGAUCUAGUAGCUAGGAGAAUUGUCUAGCUAACCCUUACCCUGGUUUAUAAUUCAAAUUUUACUCUCAGGGAUAUUGUUGUGAGAUAAAUUAUAAAUAAUAUGAUAGUGAAGUGAAGCGUGUGCUAAAACAAUGGACUGAUUUUAAAAUGUGGGUGUUAAAGUUCAGCUAUAGCAACCUUUCCCUGAAUUAUACAGUGGCAUUUAAGGUUUCAAGAGCAUAUAUUUAAGUUGUCAAAUUAAUUGAAUUGAUGACUUUAAUGCAGGUGAGCAGGUUGACAAGUGUUGAUGAUUCAUGACUCGCAGAGGAUGCUUAUAGCUGCUGUUUUUACAGACCUCUGAUACAGUAUGUAUGUGUUUAAAAAUAGGCACAAAGUGUGGAAAUAAUAAUUAUCACCUCAGCAAAGCCUAACACCACCAGAAAGGGCAGACAGAUCUACAAGGCAGAUACUACAAGGUUGUGGUUGUAACACUGAGAACACGUCUCAACGUGUCUCAUUGAGAUUUCAGAGAUUAAAUGUGAUGUUAAAAUGAAAAAAUAGUGACUAUUAGCAAAUCACGAACCUUUCUCAGUUGACUGAGACAGACCCAUUGGCACCAACAGAGUAUAAUAAAAUUCUUAAAUUUAGUCACUAAACUACCACUUCUGUACUACAUCUGACAGUCUUAAGUACACACUAAUUAUACAGUAAGUAGACAAGAGGUUUCUAGAAUGUAACACGUGUCCACAGGUCCUUGUAGUGUGUCCUGUCAGUGAGUCCUUGAAAGAUUAACGGGACAUUAUACAUUUCUGUUAAAUUACAGAGUUCACAUGUGUUGUACCUUAAUAUCACAAUGGUGUUCAUUUAUAAUCCCAAAAUCAAAACAAAUAAAUCAGAAUUUUAAAAUUCAGCAUAUCCCAGCAAAGCUUUAAGAUCCAGUUUUCAAACAAAUUGGAAAUAUUUUGCUGUCAAAAUAUGUACUGUUGGGAGGAAAAGGUCCAGUAUUAAAUGCUGUUGUAAUACCGAGUUGGGGGAAGUACACAAAAGAAAAAGUUGGGUGUAUACUAUUGAAUAAGUUCCGUCAGUGGGUGCAGGACAACUGAAAGAUGUAAUGCAUAAAUGCACACAUUUUUACUUGCUGACAUUGACUUGCUUCAUGGCUUCAGGCGGAAAGCGAGAGAUGCCAUUUUGGCUACCUUUCUCCUCCAAACAAACAAGCAAACACUGCAAGUAAAAAGGAAAGUGGGGGGGGACCUUAGUCCAUCAAGAAGAAAACUCACAUCCAGUCUGAAGUGGUACAGUCCAUUCUGCCACCUAAGUAUUCUAACAGCACAUUCUGCUCCAUGAGCAGGGCUGGCUCACAUAAAGCAGAAUCUUGAGGUCAUAGAAUGGAGCAUACCAUUUCAAACUGGAAUUGAGGAGGGAGGUGCCUUUAAAAAAGACCACAUUUCCCAUGUAAAAACUUGCUGCAAAGCAACACCCCACCCCCAAGGUUCUAGACCAGCCCACUUCCCCCAGUACUAGUUUUUUGGGGGGUGUGUUUAUUUGGUUGUGAAUCUUUGUACUUUUAUCCAUUUACUGUAUUUAUUUUUCCAGAUUUGAACUAUAAAAUGGUGAUUUUCUUGAGUCAAAAUGAGAGUACCCCUAACAUUUUAAAGAAAAAAAGCACUGUAUAAGCCUCAAUUUCUGGAAGUUGUUGGUAAAGCCUCUCCUCCUACCAGAGGGGAGGUGUUGUGAGAGGGAGCCGUUCCUGCAUUGGCAGGGGGGAGUAUUUGGCCCCCUGUGUCAGUUUCCUGGCUGCCGCACCACGCCAGUCAGCCAGCCAAUAGGGCUGGCUUAGGGUGAGGUUUAGGCACAUUCAAGCGGCCGUGGCGGCCCCAUGUCCUCAUUCUGCUAAUUAAACAUCAUCUGCCCUCAAAAAAAAAAAAAAAAGUUACAAGAGGGCAGCUAUUUGUAUAAAAUUUGCAUAUGGAGAUUUACAUGUUUUAGUGCAGAUUUAGAAAGGGUUGUUUUAAUUUAAAUAGAAAUGCUAUGCAUCUCACCAUAGCGGGGAAGAAUGACCAAGUCACCUGUUUGCUUGCUCAGUUUGCUGCCAGCUGUCUUCUGGUGAUGGGCAGCUUCAGGGCUCCUGUUCUGCUUUCUAAUGGUUUUUUAAAAAAUCUUUAAACUGGAUGCAGUCCUUCAAAACAGAGGACUUCCUUCUGUGAAUUAAGACUCCUGGCCAUCCUAGCAAGGAAAUAAAACACAUUAGAGGAAACAGGAGCUGUAGAAGCCUAUGUGAAUCCCUGAAGACUUGUCAAGAAAUCUCUGGUUUGAAGACUGCUGAAAUGGUUCGCUCCCUUUAGGUGUUUAACUGUCAACGGCAGAGGUUUGAUGGACCCGUGUGGGGUGGGUAGCAGGGCAAGACUAGGCAGAAGGGAACGGUGUGGGUAAAAGAAUCAAAUGCAAGGUAGCGUAAAAAACCUUCCCCAUGAUUAGAUUUAAGCAAGCUUGUGAUAUAUAAUUACUGCCUCAGAUGAUUAGAUUAUGGUUCAGGCAUCUGAAGCAGAAGGGAGACUUCAGAGGCAGAGGUAGCAGGCAAGACAGGAGAUUUAUACCUCUUUUUAUUACAUAUAAAACUAAGUCACUAAAGUUAACAGACCAUUUUUUUCUGUCACCUUUCUUUUUUGCAAGUGGCAAGUAAGCGUUUCACACAUGGAUCUCCAAAGUUGUGUGCGUAUUUAUUUGUAUAUUUCUUUAUUCAGGUAUUUAGGUAGUUCGCAAAAUGACUCACCACUUGUUUUGAGCAUUUAAUUGUAACACCCGGUAGGGCAGUAAUGUUAUGGAAGCCAUAAUACAUUGUUAACAGCUGGCUGGUGUUUUAAGACUCCUUCAGAAACUUAGGAGGUAAUUCUUAGAGUUUUUAAAUAAUUGAACCUGUCAACACAGUCAUGCACAGAGUUUUUAGAACCUUUUCUUCCUCCCUUUUCAAAAAAGGAAUACUGGUUUUUGUCAAAAACUGUAAUGCAGCAUAAUUGGCUAGCCUGAACUGGCAGAACAAAGCCCAACAUAAAAUAUAUGAUGGAAGUUACUGAAAUAACAGUCACCUUUAAGUCAAAUCUUACAUAAAACCAACCAUGCAUACCUUUGGGAAAUUGUUACUUAGGCUACUUAUUUUUUUAAGUGUAUAGUAACAAUGAGGUAGGUGUUUUUCUCACAAUAUUCCUGGUUUGUCUAAAGUGGUGCUACUUAACUGCCUUCGCUAUAGGUCUGGUUCAUGUCAGUAAGUGGGUCAAACCGGUGGGCGCAAUCCAACAUAGACGCUUGAGUUUAUACAAUAUGAAAUCAUACUUUAGUGAUACAUGCAUGAAUUAUACAGUAAGUCUCCAGCUAGUAUGCUCCCUUUCCCCCUUCUGCAUUUGCACACGAGGACAGGAGAUUUCAAACUGAUAUGUAAGCUUUGGAACAAACUUCAGUUUCCCAUUUAGCCUGAAUGAGUGGAAGACGAGGGUUUGUUCAAAGCGUUGUUUGAACAAGAUUAAGACAGCAUUGGAAAUGGCUGUGGCAUGUGUAAACAGCACCACCCUCUCGCACCCAGAACUCACGUAUCACAAAGAAAGGCUGAGCUGGUAACCACAAAUAUGUGUCAGUCAGCUUCCAGAAUCCAAAAGGUCAAGCAAGGGGGGCGUGAGGGGGGUCGCUAGGCUAGCUUAGUAGCUCCAAAAGAAGUAAAGGUGAAGGACAUUGUCAUUUUUUUGCCUUGAACAUCAAAAUGCCUUGGGCCAGCCAUUGAAUAUCCAGCCCAAAUGGCUACAAUGCCUAUCUGCUGUGGCAUAACUUUUAUUAAUACAAAGAGAUAUCCAAGGGCAGUUUUAAAAAAUAGCACACCAAAGCAGCUCAUCUUUAUGUUAUAACUUCCGGUGAUUGACUGUAUGAUGUAGUUGAUGAAUGCAUCAUUGCUUUUCCGCUUGUACACUGUGGUGUCCCAACAUAGCAGGAGUUUUGAGGUUAUUCAGCAUCUCUGCCUGCCAAGGUUAUGGUUUUUAUUUUUAAACGUGACAGCUUUAUUUCGUGAAGCCACUUACAUUUUAAAAUUCGUUUUAACAUCUCUUUUUUUUCCUGUAUUGCUACCAAGUUUUGAAAGUGCAGAGAUAAAGAGAACAGAUUGAAACUUUUUUUUUUUUAAUCCUCUGUUACUAAUUAUUUUCUUUUGGAAUGGAGGAAGGCAGGUUUUAGUUCAAUUUAGCUGCUCUUGCUCAUACCAAAGCUUCUUUGCCAGGGCCAACACAAGAUGCUUUGUCAUCUGAGGAGAGGCAGACCAGCUACAUCUGCCUCCUUGUGGGGGUAGCUCCCAUCAUCUCCUCUUCCUCCUUCCCCCACUGCUCCCACUUUCUCCUCUAGUCCACCCGCCUUGUGGCCUUUGAGGUCUUAUCAGCCAUGUCUUAUUUGGAAGAACAUAGGGCCCUUUCUCAGAGCAGCACAUCGUGGGCAGGGUAGCUUUGGAGAGUGCCUGCCCGCAGUGACUGACACCUUUGUGGUUAAAGUUUGGCAGUUUAGUACUAUUUGCCAUCAUGAGCAAUACACAAACAGACCUGCUUCAGGUCCAAUUCGCCCAAAAUGUUCCGUGCUGAGAAAGGAACCUCCUGAGAUCAAGGCAAGGCAGGCAAGAAGCGAGCUGCCACCACAUUCCCGUAGCUUCCAAGUGGCAGUAGCAUUUCCAGAGAGAUCAGCAGCAGUCAGCCAAUCGGCUAGCCAGCAAAACAGUAGCAGGUAAUGAGCAUCUUGCAGGUGAGAGAGGCUGUAGGCUUGUGGUAGCAAGUGGAUGGGCCUGGGGUGGCACUAAUCCAGUGCCUCUUCCCAUCUGCUGCCUGAGGCAAGGGGCUCAACGUGUGUGCUGCUACUGAGUUUCUGGCAAAUUAUUUCUUUCUUCCAAGUUGAAGGUUGAUUGAGGAAAGAGCAUUAAACACACUGCAACCUGAUUUAUAAGGACUGUACUGUCUUUGUUCUGAAAGCUCAUAAUUGUGGAUGGCAAAAAGGACUUGCUGGGUCAUUCUAGAAUGAAAGUCCAAGGGAAUUAUGAUGUUUCUCCUUGCAGAAAAUGGCUCUUUCAAUACUCAGUCCUACUUGCUUUCACCAUCUUUAUGAGAUUGAUAUUCCAGAGGUCACCUAACUAACAAUGAGCACAUUUACUUGGCAGUACCUUCCAUUGAAACUGGCGCUGUGAGUUAAAUAGGGCUUGCUGAUCAGAUGGUCAGCAGUUCGAAUCCCCGUGACGGGGUGAGCAGCUCGGUCCCUGCUCCUGCCCACCUAGCAGUUUGAAAGCACAUCAAAGUGCAAGUAGAUAAAUAGGUACUGCUCCGGCGGGAAGGUAAACGGCAUUUCCGUGCGCGGCUCUGGUUUGCCAGAAGUGGCUUAGUCAUGCUGGCCACAUGACCCAGAAGCUGUACGCCGGCUCCCUCGGCCAGUAAAGCAAGAUGAGUGCCGCAACCCCAGAGUCGUCCAUGACUGCACCUAAUGGUCAGAGGUCCCUUUACCUUUACCUUCAUUUAUUCAUGAUCCUUUACUCAGUGUAAAUAUUUUCCCCAAGAAUCCUUUUCAGUCACAUGUUGCCCUGCCAAGCUCUCUUCAACUUUUACACCUCUUUGCAUAGUGACUCCUUGCUUUUGUCCUUGAAGUGCCCUUCUCAAAAUGUGCCAGUGAUGCUGCUUAAUUGGAUGGAUGGAUUUGGUACCAAGACACAGUAUGUUGCCUUCAGUAGAGUGUGAAUGAGAGAAUCUGAGUUCAGCAACAAACUUAAUCCUGUUCUCCAGGCCAGCUGGCUAGUCUCUAUUACUUAAGAGGCAUAGAUAGCUGUUUAUCUAAAAUGGGUGACCUAUAUAAAGGAAAGACUAUGAAGCUACUUUUGUGACAGACUUCCUGCCUUCUCUUCCUGUAACUCAAGGUUACAGUUCCAUCUGCCAGGAAGCAAUGAUAUAAAUAGACUGCAGUAAAAGCCAUAACCCCCGUAUGCUAACCUUCACCUUUGGAACUUGCACACAGCAGGUUAAGAAAAGCCUGUCUUCCUGCUUCCCAGUUUUCACUUUGGACUGUUGGGUUUAAAUGCAAAUUUGUCCUGUUCUGGAUUGGAGACAGGGCCUUUCUGAAAGUUCAGUGUUCCCUUUAAGUGGGGAAGUCUUUGCAAAAGCAGGUUCCUGCAGCUGAAAGCUAGGAUCAGAGUCAAUGGGAAACCAAAGGUAAGGCAAGAGAAGCAAUGACAACUCAACAAGGCUGCGGUCCUGUUCAUGUUUACCUAGCAGUAAGCUCCAUUAAGUUUGUGAGACUACAGGCAAGCAACAUUUUGGGUGGCUUUCCACAUUACUGAGGGUUACUUUAACAUCAGAUGAGAAGAUUUGCCACAACAUAUGCAUUCAGUAGAUGGCCUUAGUCAAACCUAUGUCCUUUACAUUUUCUUAUUUGUUUAUAUUUUUUAUGUACAAAGAUUCAUAUUCUGUUUUAUUUACAGAUGUUUCAAGGUGGCUCACAAUGGAAAAAGAUAAUAAAAGAUAUAAUAGGCAUAAUAAAGUAAAAAAUAAAAAACAGUAGCCAAGAGCUUAAAAUUAGUAACAUACAUAAAUUCACAGCCAGUUUAAAAGAUCCACAGCACUAAUCACAAACCAAGGAGAUGAGAAAUCUUUAAAAGGACAACUCAGAUGACAUUAGCAUCCUGAGAGAACAAUAUUUGCCUUUGCCUGGGAACUGUAGAUUUUUAAGUGUGCUCCAAGCCAGAUACCCCUUUUCUCAGCAUUGGGCUAUGAUUUUCAUAGUGGUUUAACACUCAGACCCUCUUUCCAGGUAACUCAUAAAAAAUCCAGAUAUCAGUUAUAUUAAAUACAUCAUCUGUUGUUAAAAUAUGAUUGUAAACAGGGAAAGGACACAGGAAGUAGCAUAAACAUGGGAUUUAAAUUAUAGGGGGAAACAUAAUUUUUCACUGAAUACAGAUGUAAGAAAAAAAUUGGUGCAAAGUUAUGGCACAAAUUUAACUUCUGUAAUUUACUGGAGCGAUAAAUAAAUCAUUCACAAACAAGUUGGAGGUACAAAAAGGAGAAUGGAACAUAUUAACAUAUGUGAUGGAAAUGUAGCUUUGUACAAAAAUACUGGAAGGUGGUUAAUAGAAUAAUAACAAAAUGGGAAGUUUUCUUGGAUCCAGUAUUGAUAUUUCUAAACUACAUGUCACCUGUCCUAAAAAAGAACAUAAGUAACUUUCCUCCUAUUUGUUGACAGCUGCAAAGAUGGCAUUGGCUCAAAAUAGCAUCACAAGUUGCAUUACUCCCUCCCUGGAAAAAAAUGGCUUAAUAAAGUUUGGUAUUUGCCUCUAAUGGCAAAAAUAAUGGUGUUUAAGAGCAAUAAUGGCAAGUGAAUAUAGAAAUCAGUUGUGGGGAGCGAUAAAUAAAUCAUAUUGUCAAGAAAAUAUUUAACCACCUGCAAAAACAAAUCCAAGUAGGUUUAGAAUUCUCUUAGAAGAAAUAUAUUCUGUUAAUUUACAUUUACUUGCAAAUUAUUAGGAUGUGAAAUAUUAAUUUUUUUCUGGAAUAGAGUUUUGUUGAUUAUCAGUAAUAAUUGUCAAAAGAUGAAAUUUUAAAACGAGAACUCUGAAGAAGAGAAGAGGAAGCUUUGAUUUGGCUCGUCAGUCUAAUGGACAAUGCAGGAACAGGCAUAGAUGCAGACAGUGCGAGGAAGCAGAGGAGAAUUGUAAUGAGAGGAGAGAGAAAGAAAGGAGAGCCAAAGAGCAGUGAAACAGCUAUCCUGUUGUUUCUGCAACCAGGAAGCCGUGGCUUCUUCCAGGAGCCCAGCUGUAUGAGAGGCUGGUCCUCAUUUCAGUCUCUUUUAUUCCCCGGUGCUGGAACUAGGGAGACUUUGUGUGCCUAGUAAGUAGCCUGAACCCACUAAAGGCAUCUUGUAAUUGAAUUGACCUGCAUCUGGUCAUGUCAUCAUCCUUAGGGGACCAAAUGGAGUCUGACUCAUCUACCCUCAUCAAACACUCCAAGGCUCAGCACAACAUAAUAGACCAUGUUUGUGUUUUUGAGAACCAGCGAGAGAUUUGGCAUCUGGCAUCCUAGGUAGGAAAGGGGCUUGGCACAGGGCAUGUGGUACUUAACUUCUGGCAAUCUGGCAAGUGGAGGCUUGGUGUCAAUUAUCAAGGCACUACACAGCCAAGAUUUAUCAAAGACUGCAGAUCCUGCACACAUCUGCUCUCUUGCCUUUUCCCUAUGAAUUUCAAUAAAUCAUAAAUGCAAUUCAUUUUACUUGACAGGUCUGUGGCUCAGCACUUGGAUGCCCAUCAAAAUGAUUGGGGGCUGUUCUAUAGGCUAGGGGAGCAGAUGGCUCCAGUAUAGCAAUUUGCUGAAGACACCGUUUUGCAUCAUCCUAAGAGACAUCAGAAAUAAGAACUGUGCUUCGUUUUCGGAAAUGAAACACUGGAAACUAAAUUUGAUAACACUUGGCCCUCUGCCUUUCUUGAGUGAUUCCUGGGGUUGGAUUUUGCUUUCCCCAAAAGGAAGAUAAUGCAAAACAACAUUUUCAUUUCUAGCCUUUAGCUGACUCCAGCUUCUGCAAAAGAUGUUUGCCCAGACGCUGAAGGAGCUCAAGGGAGCCAUGAUUUUGAGAAGCUCAGUAUUCAGUUAUGAUACUGUUGGGAAAUCAUUCUUAUUCUAAGCUAUCUUCCCCCACCCCCCUUAAAGUAUAAAAUCAUGCUGUGAUCUCCCCCUACCAUGUAUCCAAAUGAAUUCAAUUUGCUUCCAAUCUGAACCGACAGAAUUGAGAUAUGAAAAUGAGUUGGCGAACGCUCCGCUUAGCUGGAUGCGGUACAAAGGAAAGUAACAUGGUACCAGUCAAUGUGAGCACACCAUCAUUUGGCUCUGCCACCUUGGUGCCCCCCAGCUGUUUUGGAGGACUGGCCAUCAGCUGGCUGGGAGGGUACCAGGUCAGCAAAGGCUGGGCUAACUAGGCAUGACUGAUGCAGACCUCUGUCUCCAUUAGAAAUGUGAUGCUAUAUUACUAUAGCAGGAGGUGGGGGCGAUUUGAACAAUGGAAGAGAUGGGUGGGAGAAAGCCCUAGACUCUUCUCCAACUUUAUCUUUGCUUUCCACCUUAAACCUUCCUUUUCCCCACUGCAAAGCUCCAUGUCUAGCACUACCCACCUUUCUGAGGAAUUCAUUUGUCAAAUAGGCAGUCCACAUUUCCCUGUGUCUAUAAAACUGCAGUCCUAACUGUGUUUACUCAGAAGUAAGUCCUAUUGAAUUCAAUUAGGCUUACUCCAAGAUAAGUGGGGUUAGGAUUGCACCCUAAAUUUUUAAUUCUAUCUCUGUUUACAAGAUACCAAUUUCAGUAAUUACCAUUGCAGUAUAUUUCAGGGUAGUAUAGAAGUGAAAUUAUCAGUAGACGUAAGUUUUAAUUCAGAAUCCGAACCUCAGCCUUGAGGGACUAGAGAAGUCUCAAUACCACUGUUAAAAGAAACCAUGACAUCUUCAGAAAGUCCUUCCCUGCACUAAUUUGAACAGUUAAAUCCAUGUUGCAUAGUAUUUAAGCAGCCAAUUGACAAAAUAUUAUGUGAUAUUGCAAGCAAAUUUAUUGCUGGCAGUAAAUUUUUUGCUGUUUCUUCUUACACUGAACAGAAAUACGUACCCAGCAAUUCAGAUAUCAAUAUUUUAGUAGAUAAAACACAGAUAACGUGAAUAAAUUAUUCUAUCUUUAGUGGCAUUCUAGAUCCUGGAGCUAUGUCUUUCAGCUUUCCGUAAACUAAGAUUUGGUUCAAAAUGUUACAAAGAAGCAACAUAAGCAGAAAUGUAAAUGUUUUGGACCUUUGCUUUCCUUCUGAAUACCUGAAAUGGGACUUAUUUCAGCCAUGGUGAAAUCCAUGGUCUUCAAGUCAUUUGUUCUGAGUUUUUAACACUUCCUAACAUUUGAACCAGCUUUGCAGUCCUCCUGGGUUUUGGCACACAGAAAACAGUAGGUUUUAAUUUGUAAUUUGGUUACCCAUUUCUAGAUUAUCACAUAAACAGGACUUCUAGAAUUCAGUAGUACCUUGGCACAACAUUGAACAGGGAGGGCAAGGAGAAAAAGCAGAGAAAAGCACUUAAAUGUGGCCUGCUGAGUAACUACAGGUUAGCAACCUCUCAACAGGAUCUAUCAUCCACUGGAGCAGCCUUUAUAGCUGUCAUCAGCCAAUGAUCUCUGGUAUAAAAGUACAGAAUCUAUUUCUGUCCUUUUAUACCGGAGAUCAUUGGCUGAAAUGGGUACACAAAUGCACUUCAAUGCACAAUUUCAUGUAUCUGAUUCAAUAUCGUUUUAGGUGUGCAUACAGUGCAUUUACUAGAUUAACAAACCGGAUGAAAAAACAAGAAAUGAAUUUAUGUUUUCCCUGGUACAUAAUGAAGCAUACAUAAUUAUGCUUCACAUUUGUAUAGUAUUUCAGAGUGUUCAAAGUGUUCAACUUAGCCUGAUUAAUGCUUACAGCAUUAAAGAAGUCUUGCUGCAGCCACAACAACAAAAUUUUCAAAUAGCAAGUAACAUCAUCAUCAUCAUCAUCAUCAUCAUCAAUGCCCUUGCUCCUGAAAUUGUCAGACCACCACCACCACCCUAAUUUCCUGCUUAUGAAUUUUGGAAGAAGGUUGUUUCCAUUUAGCUCCAACCUACCCACUUGAUCAGGGAUACAGUAUCUAAUAAAAUAAGGACAUAAUGUCCCCAGUCCAGGGAAAUGUUCUUUUAGAGCAGACUAGCUGGUGCAGUUACUGAAAUGAAAGCAAAAUCAGCAGACUUCCUUAUUUGUUCAGAACACAAACUGAUUAAAUGUAGAACUGAAUAUAGAGCCAAUAUAAAGACAGAAACUAAUAAUCUCUUUUUCAAACUAGUGGAUCUUCCAGAUCAGAACAGACCAAAGCUUUGGUGCACCUGUAACCCCCACAGCUUCAUCCGUAGCAUGCAUCUAUCUUUACAAAGAAGUAUAUGAAGAGGAGGCACACCUUGAGUUAACAUGAGUAACAAAUAACAAGGUUCUACUGUUUUAAGCCCCAAAAGUCCGUUGCUUAUGAAAGUGCCACCUGUUGAGUUAAUAACACGAAACUUUGUAUACAUCAUUUACCUGAUGAGAUUGGUCAGUGUGCCAAAUUUCAAACCAAUCUGCUAAAAACUACCGCAGGUUAAAAGGCACCAUGGGUUAAAAGUGUUUAAAAUGGAUAUAUAUAUAUAUAUAUAUAUAUAUAUAUAUAUAUACUGGAAAGGACCAUUAUUUAAUGGCAGUUUAAUUGUUUCACCAACAGCUCACUGCACUGUUUCCUUGGAAUUGUCACAUGUGCAUGUUUUUCACAGAUUAGCAGUAACAGAGAACAGACUUUUUAAAAGCCCAUAAAAGAGGAUGUCCUUAUGAACAAUUCAUUUAGUACUGAGUCCAGUACACGUUGUAAAUAGAGCUGUGUUUUAUAGCUGAGGGGUAUCUUUAUAGCUUUGACAUUUACAUUUCUAACAAGCAGCACUUCCUGGAAGUUAGCCUAGCGUAAAGCCUCACGGUUACAGUGAUGUGCACCAUCCAACUUGACUCAUAUUUUAGUAUAUUUAAAGGGAAUGUUGUGUUGUUUAUCCCAAAAAGUUACAUAACUAAGGCUGGGUGAGGUGGGAUGGGGAAUAAGCUUUUAAAAAGAAAUAUAAGGGUUUUGGGGGUUUUUUUGCCCUUUCUUGAUUCUUCUUAGAAGGGUUGAAUCUGGCCAUCUGCUAUGCAACCAGUUAUGCAGAUGGCCAUGUUUUGUGCAUGUGAUAAGUUACAUAUUACACAGGCUUGAGUCAGUACUAGGUUAAUGCAAAACCCAAUUAUCAACAAAUUGUUGCCAUUGCUGCAUUGUGAAUGGCUUGCAUCUUUUUCUUUGCCCUGCAGAAGCCCCUCCCCUUGAAGUUCCUGUAGCUUCCUCAUUAGCAUGCUGUGAUCUGCCUGAUCAUUGGUUUAUUCUUUUGUUGUAUAUGAUAAUCUCUUAACACCAUUUUGCUGUGGAAUGUCCUGCCUCACUGAAAGGUAUUGGGUGAACUGACUUUCAGAUCCUUUCCCACCAUACAAGGCUAUGGUCCUGUGUCAUGUUCUAGCAUCAUUAGCAAUGUUCUGUCAGCUGCUAUUCUAAUUGUUCCAAUCAUUUUUGAUGCGGCAAGGCACUGCAAAGUAACUCUUCCCUUUAGUUUUGCUUUUUUGUUAGUACAGUGGUACCUCGGGUUAAGUACUUAAUUCGUUCCGGAGGUCCGUACUUAACCUGAAACUGUUCUUAACCUGAAGCACCACUUUAGCUAAUGGGGCCUCCUGCUGUUGCCACGCUGCUGGAGCACAAUUUCUGUUCUCAUCCUGAAGCAAAGUUCUUAACCUGAAGCAAUUUUUCUGGGUUAGCAGAGUCUGUAACCUGAAGUGUAUGUAACCCGAGGUACCACUGUAUUGCAAAAUAUGAGUAACUAUGCUUUCAGGACCAGGGACAAGGACAGGGAACUUUGAACUCUCUGGGUGUUGGUGGGACUACAACUUCCAUCAUCCCUGACCAUCAGCCAUACUGGCUAGGGUUGAUGGGAACUGUAGUCCAAUGGCAUCUGUAGGGCCACAGGAUCCCUGUGCCUGAUUAGGGUUUCCAUGUGUGAGUGUGUGUGCAAACCAAGUUGUGGAGUGACUCUCUAUAACAGCUAAGCAUACAUGGUUGUUGGGGAUAGUGGGCAGGAACUUUUCUGGUGCUGCCAAGGCAAUAGAACACCCUUCCAAAACAAAUUGUCCACAACCCUUUGCUGCUCUCCUUUCAGCUGGUAGUCAAUGCUUUUCCUUUUCAGCGGGGAUUUUUCAGGACUUAUUAUUUGCUGCCUUUCUCUCUGUUGUUUGUCUACUUUUAGCAUCUUAAUAGAUUAUUCAUGCGUUUAGCUUAUUGUUUUCAUAAUAUGCAUGCCGUCAACUGCCUUGAGUUGAGGUAUAUUUGUCCGCGUGUUUAGAAAGUCAGAAUAUAAAUUUGGAAAACAGAUAAACAAAUUCUUUUCUUACCUACCAUUGUGCCAGGUGAGUUGUGGCUAUGGCAGUGUACACCAUCGCUUUGACUCAAGCUUAGGUCUCUUCUGAGCUUUGUAUUGGAUGAUCCAGCAGCCCAUACAUCUUCAAGGCUGCUGCCCAUAAACAGCUCUCAGCAGAUACAGAACUUUCUCCCAAGGGCAAACAGGCUACUAGAUUGUCCUGUGCAACACAAAGGAGCCUCGCCUGUUUGAGGUAAAGUGACUUGCUCUGACACAGCACAUCGGCUUGGCCAACAUUUGCCCAGUGCAAUGAUGACAGAGAGAGAGGGAAAGUUCUGCUUCACUCCUCUAAGGAGCUAUUUUGUGUCUUCAAACAGCAUGUGGCAAGUAGGAUUGCCUCAUUGUUUGCUGCAGAGUUGGUAAAUUGUCUUUGCCUAACUAUAAACCAUGCUUAUGAGGCUAAAACAUGGGAUCUGGUUAAUAUUUCAUAAAAUAUACAUCCGGCUUGAUGAUUUUUUGUUUUAUAACAAACCAACCAACCCUGAAAGCUGUUUACAAAAAGAGUAAAACAAUGAAAUCAUCAGUAUUUUUUUUAAAAAAGACUAAAAACAACUAUUUUAAACCUUUAAAAAAAAACCAGGGGUAAGUUAAAAGCCAAAUUAUAACCCACAGCAUUCCACAUUCUACAUGUCUGGGUAGGCUUGCUGAAAUAAAAAUGUUUAUCAUAUGCACCAAGUAAUUAGCUGCUCCCAAACACCCAAGACUAUACAUACUUCUUUUUUCAUUUGUGGUAUUUCAUAGAAUUGUAGAGUUGGAAGGAACUCAGAGGGUCAUCUAGUCCAACCCCCUGCAUUCCAAGAAUCUCAACUAAGGCAUCUAUGACAGAUGGCCAUCCAAAAAUGUCAUUCAGUGUAUUGCUAAGGAAGGAUAAUGGGAGGAGGGUUUAGGUGUAGAAGUACAAAACUCUUUCCCUUUCUCCAUUUUAUGUGUUUUCUAAAGUGAUUUUUUUCCACUGUAAGCAUUUUGAAGUUGUGUUUCCAGCUCUCUGUGUAAUUUGCUCUUUUAGAGCAAGCUUAAUUAUUCUCCUGCAAAGGAGAAUAAGGACACCCUUAAGGGGAAGUAUAAGCAUCAUUGACUUUCCAAAUUCUGAAAGAAACAAGAAAAAAAAGAGCUCCUGUUAGAAACACUGCAAUAUUUAUUUCUAAAGAGGCUCAGGAAAUCUGCAAUUAUUAUAAGAUGCACCAUCAGAUGGUAGGAGGGUGAAGGAAGAAAGCAGUGGGCCAUAAACUGGCCGGCUUUAGCAUGCUUAUUAUGGGAAGCCCCUUCCCAAGAAAGUACAGCACAAUGAGAACAGAGCGUGCUCAGUAUCCAAGGAGUGCUUUCUGGGUUUUUCGUAAGGGGAGGAUGGGGGGUGUGUGUGUUAGAAUAUCCUAGGAAAGGCACAGCUCACUGGACAAUGCAAACAAAUAAAACUAAUUUGGUUUUCUAUGUUCCAGUUUAUUUCUUUCCAGUGUGAUUCUCCCAAGUGAUGAACCACUUACCUUUGACAAUCCUCUCUUUCAUGGCAGAAGCUGAUACGUUGCACAAAUUGUUUAGGAAAAAAAUAACCUUGGCUUUAUUUCUGAAUAGUUUCCUAGAUACUUCUGUGUGAGUUUCAGAAUCUUAUCUGCUCUUUUCCUUCCUUUCUUCCUCUCCAAUUGCAGGUUUGCUUUGUGAAUCUGGACGCACAGGAAGGUAACUGCAGUGAUGAACUAAUGAAACAGGCAAGUGCUCUGCUAAUACACACAGUGUGUGCAAAUACAGAAGUAGCUCUUGCUACUCACAGGAAAGACGAAGAGAUGUCUCAACCGCUACCCACCUCUGAGAGGGGGAAUAGAAACCCUGCUUUGAAACUGCCAUGUAUAAUUACUGCAAUUCAAAUAGAAAUACAAUGUGUCUCACCAUAGUGGGAGCAUACCAGGUGGCCUGUGAGCUUGCUCAAUCUUCUAACUCUUGAUGGUGGGCAAUUUCUAAGCUCCUGCUCUCCUUUUUAUGGUUUGUCACCUUUAAAUCAGACUUGGACUUGACUGUCCUCAGAGAGGAGACACCUUAAAAUAGACACUGUCCUCUGUUAAGCAGGAAACAUGGCCACUCUACAAAUGCAUGGGGGGUGCAUCUUUGUGAAGAAAGCUUAUUAUUUUAAUGUAAACUAGAACACAGAAGCCAAAGAGUGAAGGGGCCAGAUGCCCAUCCAGGGUUCUGUGCCCUGUAUUCAUCUACUUGUCUGGCAACUUCGGUUUGAUAAGGGCUCCUACUGUCAGUGUGAAUGGCACUUUCAAGGCGGUGCCAGUGUCUGCUUUUUCUUUCAUGUUUGAUAGCAUGGCUAGAUAGAGAAGUGUGGUUCGCCUCUCAUGCUCGUGUUUCUUGUGUUUCAGAGGUUGAUCGGUAUCUCUCCAAAUCUCCCAAAGCUUAUCAGCUCUAUGAAUGUACAGCCUCCCAAAGAGAAUGAAAUCAUCCUGCUGAGUGGAUUGACUUCAGGGAGCCUUCAGGCUGGUUUUGAAGUACCCCAGGUACGGACAUUCAAUCAGUCUUUGGGAAUGCCUCAGUGCUCUGGUUGGAUGCUCAAAGGGAAAAUGCCAGAAAUACGGGAGGAUGCAUUCUAGCUAGCUAGUGUACAGAGAUACGCAUGUAUAAAAUGAGUGUGGGCGUCUUUGGAAAAAAAAACAAAUAUGCAUUUAGAUUCAUUUACUUUGAAAAAAAUGGAUAUUAGAGAACACAAAAACAAAACUUUUCCACAGACCCUCACACAUACAAACUUAAUAAUUAUAUUGUUUUAUUAUUUCCUAACCCUCCAGAGCUGAUGCUGAGGAGACAGAUAAGGAAGAGAAAGCUCCUUUAUGUUCAUGGGAGUCCAUUGCGUCCAUUGCAUUACAGCCUAUAAAUGUUGCUGGUGUUGGUGGUGAUGUUUUGUUGCGGAGGAUAGCUAGGAGAAAAUGAAAAGAUUUUGAUAAAAAGUUAUUUCUUUUCCGUUUAAUUGCAUCACUGGAAUUUGGGUGUUGUUGUUCUUCUCCCUCCAGUGUUCUUGGCUGGCAGAUGUCUGUCUGGUUCAGUGUGCAAGAGGAAACAGAAAGAACAGCGCAAACUGCAUCAUCUUUGAAAUAAACAAGUUUCUGAUUGGGCUGGAGCUUGUGCAGGAGAAGCAGCUGCACAUCGAGGCCAGCAUCUUAAAGCCUGAGGACGACACUAACUGCUCUGUGUCCUCAAUAGAAGAAGAUUUUCUUACAGCUUCCGAACACUUUGAAGAUGAGAGUGAGGCCGAUGAAUAUAAAAACGGUAAAACCUAGCUGGCUGAAAGUGAACCUGUCACAAUCUGUGCAGUCAAAUACAUAAGGGCUUGUGCUCAUGUAAAUAGCACUCGGUGUUAAUUGGUGCAUACAUUUAAUUGCCGCUUGAAAGCAAUGAAAUUAGAGGAAGAUCCAAAAUCCCUCAUGCCGUUAAAUACCAUUGCUCGCGAGAUGGAAAAUGUGGUCAUUAUACAUGGUGAUUGCACACUUCCUCUUCAUGCUACUUUGGCACGUCCACUUUUCAGGACACGACGGCUGGUUUUCUAAAGGCUAACGUGUUGCUUUUCAUUUUCCAGGUCAGGAAAAACUGAAUGUCACCGAGUCCUCAGCAGAGUUCAAAAAGCACGGAGGGAAAGGACUUGAAAGCUUACAGUGCAAAAAUCCCAGGUUGCCAUUUGCUCUGGAAGCAAACUGUAUUAACAAAGACAGCGCAGCUCCUGCUAGGAUUUCAAGCUCGUCUGAUGAGGACUUGAAUGGUGAGGGCGAAGACAGCGUUUUGCGAACUGUGGACAAAGCCAAUAAGCACUGGAAAUCUGGUAUAGCUGGGAAAUCUAAGCCAUCCUCUAAUACUGAUGAUCUGGAAGACUCUUCCAGAGGUGAUACAGACAAUUCGGAUGUGUUGGAAGACGUGUUGUUGGCCGCAGCAACCAAGGAGGAAAUUAUUUCUCUGGAUGAUGCAGCAGAAGAACAAGACAUUCGUUUAGACCCCUUGGAUUGUAGAGAUGAAAGAACAGAUAAUCCUCCCGUGCAAAAUGAACAGGCCACAGCAGGUCAGUUCGCUACAAAUUUGGCAGAGUCGGUCCUGCAAGACGCGUUCAUCAGGUUGUCUCAGUCUACUUUUACCAAAGAGGCUGCCAUCAGCAUCUCUGCUGGUAGCUCCUUAACUCCAGCUGCAUAUGCCGCACAGGAUGCGAUGGCUUCGCGGCCAUGGAACGAACUCCCCAAAAUUGUCAUAGUUCAGAGUCCAGACGGCUCUGAAAACACAUCUGAAUGGCCUGGAUCUAGCUUACCAAACUUGUGUCCUUGGUCUGACGUUGAGCGUCCCCGUGAAGCUGCAGACUGGUUGCAAGACAACAGUGGAGGCACUCAAAGUGCCUUGGAGGUGGCUUUGGCCUGUGCCGCUACAGUCCUUGGCACCAUAUCGAGCCCACAUGCCGCAGAGAAGCUCAAAAGAGAACAGGAAGCCGCGGACUCUCAAACAAUUUCUAAUGAAGUGUUGGAGGAAAACUCUCCCCAAGGCGUCAGUAACAGCCCGCCUGUGGAUUACUCAUUCCCAUCUGCCCUGUGUGGCAUGACUCAAGUAGCGAGUGCUGUUGCAGUUUGUGGUCUUGGUGACAAGAAAGAUGAUAAGUAUCCUGCAGCCUCCGGUGGACUCUUGUCUGCCGCAGAGACAUCAGCAGCCAUCACUCUUCACUGUAGCAUAGCCGUAGGGAGCAGCAUGGAGAAUCUGAACAAUAGCGUUGCACAAGCAUUAUUCAAAGAGGCAUCCUUAGUGUUAGCCAAGCCUGAAAUGUACAGAAAUCUAGGCGACUUUAUGGAAUCUGUAAAUGGGAAAAUUGUCCAGGCUGUGACAAAGCCCUCAGUUCCCCAUUUGGAGGAAGUGAUUGUUGAUGAACUUGCCCAGAACUUGUCCAACGUUAUUCUGAGACACUCAGUGGAAGAGGUCAGGAAGAAGCAGCUAAACACACGACCUGAAAGCAACGUAGACCUCAGUACCCAAGAUGUUUUUAUUGCAACUGCAAAUAAGCUGCUUUUUGAUGUGCUGUACUUCACUUGUAAGAAAAUGAGCGAUAUCACACAGCUCACUGAGUCUUUAAGUACUUUUUCUGAAGAUAAUCUUAGCUGGCAGGUAAUGGAGAGCCAACCAAGGGAGUCUACAAAUGAUCUAUUACAACCAUCUCCAGACGACUCUGAUAAUAAGCCUCCUAGUACUUUUUGUGGCACUAGCCCUAACAUUGGUGUUGUACCCACAACAAAAGAUGUCAAAGAGGAAGUUGUGCUGGAGACCCGGGAAUCGGCCGCACCUCGUGCAGCUUCACCACCUAGGGUCAAUGCCCAUAGUUCACCUUCUGGGAAAACGUCUCCCAAAAAAAGGUAUUUGAAAAGAACUGCAAGAGAGUGCUACAAAUCCAUACAUCCCAGUAGCAGCAAUCAUACAAAGAAAGAACUCCGGUCGUUUACCGGCAGAGAAGACACAACGCUAGCCAAUGAAUGCAGACAUGGCAUUCAGGAACGUCCAUCUUCCAACACUGCACCAAGUACAGAAAGUCAUGAAAAGCAUGUGUGUGGUGACACAUGGCACAAUGAAGCCCAACUCAGCCUCUCCUUAUUGGGUAAUCAGGGUUUGUUGCCUUCCCAACCUCUGCUACAGUUGAAGCAUCCAGCAGAUAAAUACUGUGUAGCAGAUUUUGCAGAGGAAUUGGCAGAGACGGUGGUCUCUAUGGCAACGGAAAUUGCUGCCAUUUGCCUUGACAAUUCAAACGGCAAGCAACCUUGGUUCUGCGCGUGGAAAAGAGGCGGCGAGUAUUUGAUGCCCCAAGCGUUGUCAUGCCGAACCAUGAAAAGGAAGAAGGAGGCACAGUCCAGUGGAUCGGUCGUGAGAAAGCAUCGGCCGCCCAGGCUUAGUGAGAUCAAGAGGAAAACGGAUGAGCACCCUGAGCUAAAAGAAAGGCUUAUGAACAGGGUGGUGGACGAAUCCAUUAACCUUGAUGACACACUGGAUCCAUGCAAUAGCUUUGCCAAUGAAGUAGCUGCUAAAAUUGUGAAUUUGGCUGAGUUCUCUGUGGCUGAUAAUGCAUGGCAAAGCCCAAACCACCCUCGAAAUAGACUGCACUGUGACAGAUGGAGCAGAGUCAACGCAUCCAGCUGUGAAAGCAUUCCCGAGGAGGACUCCGAUUCCAAAGGGUCUGCAAAUACUUUGGGUCUCACAAACACUUUAGGGCAGCCAAUAAGCAGGACCAGCUCUGUCUCCAAACAGUCCAGCUGCGAGAGCAUUACGGAUGAGUUUUCAAGGUUUAUGGUCAACCAGAUGGAAAAUGAAGGUCGAGAGUUUGAUUUACUACUUGACUACUAUGCUGGGAAGAAUGCAAAUAGCAUCUUGACUUCUGCAAUGCAACAAGUUGCCAAGAAAAAUGGCCACCUCAACGUGAGGCCAAGUUGCCCAUCCAAACAGUCCAGCACAGAAAGUAUAACAGAAGAAUUUUAUAGAUAUAUGCUGAGGGAAAUUGAAAAGGAAAAUAGAGAGAAUGUGUCUUCUGCUAGGAGUGCCAAGGACUGGAGUAGCAAUUUAUUACCUCCUUCCCAACGCUCACCUUUUUGUUUCAGACAGUCCUCGAUGCCCGAUAGCAGAAGCUCGGCUUCAAGGCUAACAGUGAAUGUGCCCAUAAAAGCAAAUUCAUUAGACGGCUUCUCUCGCAAUGGCCACAGGGAUUCUUUAAGUGUAGAGCCAAUCAGCACAGCUUCCUCUUCAGGGCUUUGCAAAUCAGACUCUUACCUGUACCAAAGAUGUAGGACUGAUCAGGCAACCGACAUGCUGAUUCAUGAGACAUGGGCGAAUUCCAUCAAAGCUCUAAUGUGCAAGAACAAAAUAAUAGCAAAUGACGCAGAAGUUUCUGAGCUUGACCAGCAUCCUCACGGCUCCCCACCGCAUGUUCAACAGUAUGCAAACAGGCUGGCUGCUAAUAUUGUUGAAAGCGGGAAGACUUUAAUUGUCCAUCACCAAGAUUCUGCAAACAGAGAUCACGCAGCAGACAGCAGCCAUGUCCCAAUAGGGAUGCAAAAAAACUGUAAACCAAUAGGAGACAGAAUAGAUUUAGAUGUGAAAAAACCACAUUCUUCAUCCCCUGGAUUUUUUCCUACCAACCAUACAAGCUGUUCUGUAUGCCUAAGGGAAGUGCCUUUAAUUCAGAUAGAAACAGAACAAAGAGAAGACCUUGACGAAGUCUCAGAACCAUUGGCGGAAGUUAACGUGGCCUCUGGGAAACCAAGGGGGUAUCUCAGCAAACAAAAACGUGCGGAAGCAGAUUCAGGAAGGCACCUGGAUUCCUCAGCAAACAGCAGGUAAGUUUUAUAACCAGAUUGAAAGCAUGGGGCCCUGUGCCUGAUAAACCUGUGGAGCACCACACAUCUCCCAUACGCAGAAAUGUAGGCACGCGCGCACACACACACACGUAACAGCUCCCUCCAUCUCUAUUCUGCUGUACCCCUUAAAGCUGAAUUACGCUUUUCAAAUCUAAGGACCCUAAUUUGCAAAUUUGCAUAUCUUAUGUCCUAUGCUCCCUCCCCACUCAAAAAAAGUUAAAUGUCAUAACAGAAUCUGUAGCUACAUAUGACACAUGUUUAUAAGGCAUGAAUACAAGAAUCCUGCACUUAUUUGGAAGCACUGAACUCAAUGGGGCUUAUUUCUGAUAAGACAUUAUAAAAUUAUACUUUAAGGAAAUCCAUGACGGGCCAUAUAGCUAGCCAGUGCAUGAGCAAAGGUUGCAAAACAUACUUUUUUGCUCUUCAAUUUUGCUUGUAAUCUGGAGCAUAAUCUCUACUCCUCAAUCUUGCCAAAAUAAUCUGUUACAUUCCCCCGUGGUGAAGAUCUGGCUGGGCAGACACUCUGUUAUUAUUGUAAAUGAUCUAGACCUGGACCUCCAUUAUGACUAGAUCCUUACUAAGUAGUUCAUAUUAAGUUUAAUUAUCAAUUUAUCCCUUUUCCAAUAAACUGCUGGUGGCUGUGGAUUCUGAGGUGUGCUGCCCUGCCCUGCCCAUUUCUUCUUUGAACUCCAAAAAUACACAGACUUGUGACGGCUAAAGAGCUCUCGGUUUCAUAUUGUGCGCAGAUUUAAGACUAUGGAAAUAUUCCAGUCACCACCCACCGCACAUUAGAUAUUGGAGGGCAAGCAUUGUUACCGAGAGAAGAACUUCUAAAGAUGAGCUCGGCUACAUGCAGCAAGAAAUAAUCUUCCUGCUUUAUGCUAUGUUCCUUCCCUAGUCUUCUCCUUUUCUCUGCGCACUGAAGCACAUUGGACUUUGAUUUUGCCAGACAACAGAUGUAGAAGGGGGAUGGGUGACAGGGACCAGAAGGGAACGGAUCAGAAGAUGCAGCAGUGCAAUCCCCAUGUUUCAAUUUACCAGCCCUGUUGGAGGCAAAUUCUAUAUAUGUGCCCCCUUUAAUAUCCAAAAAGGCAAUAAAAAUCUAUUAGCUGGUGGUGUUCCAUGACUUGCAAAAAAUAAAAUAAAAUAAAGAAUGGUCCAAGUGAUUUGGUUGACCGAUACAACAGUGCUUAGGGAGCAGGAAGAAUUUCCCAAGAGAUUUCUCCUUGCUUUAUCAGAAUCUUUCCUUUCCUUUCCCCAAUCAGCUUAACUAUACGCAGCGAUCCUGAACCUCAAGCUCCCAAGGAGGCCAAAGCGGUGGAAGAGUUUCCAGUCCCUCCCAGCAGCAGUGACGAAAGCACAGGUAGCAGCUGGUGCCAGCUGGCAAAUGACGAGGACAAUCCUGAGGAUACAAGCAGCUAUUUGCAACUCAGCGAGAGAUCUAUGAGGUAACCACAUGCCCCUUUUGAGCCGCAAGGGGUAUAAUCACCAGCAUAAACGUUUUGAUUGUCAUUGGCUCAGAAUGAAUGUAGCUUGAGUGUGUCCAAAAAGAGGACUAGCUUUCAUACGGUGCUGCAGGAGGCCUCAUUAAGUAUUUGGAAACCAUGGAAAGAAAUUGCCACCCAACCCUAAGCAAUCACUUCCUGUUCCUGCAAGGAUAACACCAUCUGAGAAGCUAAUUUGAGUCAAUCAUGGCUCAUUUGUCAGUUCCAUCUGGGUCAUUUACAUCUAACACUGUUGUACUGAGUUCUCAUUCUCUAUUGGCGUGGACACAAUAGAAAACUAAGGACUGGACAAAUUACUGAAGCAGGACUUCUUUCUUUCUUUCCUAGCAUCUAAGUAUUAUCAUAUCAUUGCAAGCUCUUAGAGUCAACAGUACAGUUCCAAGAUGGGAACUGUAGGUCCAUAUAGAUUUGUUACGAUCUUGAAACUGGAUUCAGUAGAACUACUCAGUCUGUAAGGAGAGAAAAGCCCUGGAGAAUCCAGUUCUCUUUGGGCAAUUUGCCUCAUUGCUCCAGGUGUUUCUGACUACUCAAAUCUAAAUCUCUGCUGUCACUGCAGCCUAAACAUAAUUGCCAAAUUUACCACCACUAAAAGCCAUUAGUUGGUUGAGAUCUCACUAUAGGUCAUCUGUUCCAAGAAGUAAAAAAAUGAGUUGAAAAUCACUAUUGAGAUCCCACUGUUGUUUUCAGUCUUUGCAUGAUAUGACUCACAGCCAGUGUGGUGUACUGUUUAUAGUGCCAGUGUAGGGCUUAUGGGACCAGGGUUCAAAUCUCCACUUGGCCAUGAAUGUGUCCUUGGGCCAGUCACUGCCUCUCAGCCUAACCUACCUCUUAGGUUGUUGUGGGGAUUAAAUAAGGAGGCAGAGAACCACGUAUGUUACCUCGAGCUCCUUGGAGAAAAAGAUGAGAUAUAAAUGCAAUAAAUUGAUUUUUUAAAAAAUCUUGUGUUUGAGGCUGGAGACAAUAAGAGGUGACAAAUUAUAAAAGACACAGCAAGACAUCAAACAUUUAAAAAUUUCCCUUCAGAUGUCUUCCAAAAGUCAUAUAGUUGUUUAUCUCCUUGACAUCUGAUGGGAAGGUGUUCCACAGGGCGGGCACUACUACCAAGAAAGCCCUUUGCCUGGUUCCCUGUAACUUCACUUCCUGCAGUGAUGGAUCCACUAGAAGGCCCUUGGAGCUGGACCUCAGUGUCCAGGCUAAACGAUGGGGGUGAAGGCACCCCUUCAGGUAAGCAGGGUCAAGGCCAUUUAGCACUUUAAAGGCCUAAAGGCCUCAACAUUAUCUCUGGCUACACUGUGAUGAGUCUUAGGGUUUUAUAUAAUAUGGCAACCACUUGAUGACACAGUAUCAAGUGAUAAUUAGCACAUAUAUGAAGCAGCCAUCAUGACUCAAAUACCACCAAAUGUUCACAUCCCCUGACAUCACUCUCAGGACAGCCUUCUGCCACUCAUCAAGUGAUGAGACAUCAAGUGAUGUAACCAGACUUUACAUAGCAUGUUUUGCUCUGAGCUGAAAUGAAAUCUUCAUUUUUGCCUUACCAAACCCUCAGCUUAACACUUGAUUCUUUCUCUGUCAGUUCAUAGCACCAGUAGAUGUGUAACUGUUGUGUACUGUUUGACUAAAUACGUCCCCAUCUUUUGUGUUGCUGGUAACAAAUUGCUGAGUCAGGCAAGAACUGUGUGCCCUUGUUCUGAGAAGCAGAAAAGCAGCCGCUCUGUCUGCCGCUUUGCUUAACAAUGUCUUCAAGUGCAUGCUGGUGCAGACUGGCAUUAAUACUUAAAUUUUUGCAUCGUCAGCAAUGGCAACAGCAGUACCACUAGCAGUCUUGGCAUUAUGGACCUGGACAUUUAUCAGGAAAACAUGCCAUCUUCUCAUACAAUUAAGUAAGUAGCUGCUAAGGUGACCUCUGAUCUUGGGAAGCACUGCUCCAUUUCAGCUGAAAACCAUUCACAUCAUCCAGAAUGUGCCAAGCGGCUCCCGUGCCUCCAUUAUUCAUCCAGCUGCUCUCCUUUCUUGCUGCCGCUUUAACUCCCAUCAGCGAUGGUUACAAUACAAAGUUAGUUAUUUCCAUUAAGUGGUGAUCAAUUAUUUCCAUAAAGUGGUGUCCACAUUUUCCAGUUGCCCACCACAUUCACACUUAAUUUCAUAGUGUGCUCCAAAGUGCAGAUUAGCUGCACUUUGCCCUCAUUCUCUAAAUAUACUGUUGCAAAAGCAAGGUGUGAAUUUCUCCCCUGAAAUGUUAGAAGCCAGCGGUUUCAGUUACAGUUUCAGUAAUUGCUAUCUCUGGCAAGCAGCCGUCUCUUUCUGAUAUAAACAACUGCCUACAGCAAACACAGGCCCUGCUUGAGCAGCACAUUUUUGUGUUUAUUUCGAAGGUUUGUACCCCAUCUUCCAUUCAAAUGAUUUACAACAGGUUGUAAUAUAUAUAUAUAUAUAUAUAUAUAUAUAUAUAUAUAUAUAUAUGAAUGACUAUAAAUCUCACGCACAUGCACAGCCCAGCAACCUUUAGUUUUCUAGCUAAUGGACAGGGCCAGAACGUGCUUUCCUUUGGGCACCCAGCCCCAGGGAACUAGGCAUUGAAUCAGAAAUUUCCUUCCGGCAGGGAGUGGGUCGCAAGGUUGCUUCUCUGACCAAUGGAUUGGGCAAGGCUGGUCUGACAGACCUCCUUAUGGGCUCUGGGCAGUGGCAGAGACUUUAGUGAGCUUGCCCUAAGGUCUGUGAACCCAGAAUAAGAUGAGCUAUAGUUCAGGGGCACAGCACAUGAUUUGCAUGCAGAAUAUCCCAAGUUCACUCCCAAGCUGGGGCUGAUAGAAAUUGUACUCUAACAUUUGGAGAGCACCAUUAUGGCUUCAUGGUACGAUGGCAAUGGCCUUCCAGAGUUUCAGACAGAAUCUGGAGCUGCCUUGUGCCAAUCUGGAGUGGACCCAAUUCGGUUCAGGAGUUGACCAGAUUGGGUGUGCAGCCCUGCCUCUUAGGUUCCCAUUGGUUUUGCUCCAGGUUUGAUUGGCAGCUGCGUAGAUAUUUUUGAAAGGGAAGGAACCAGAAUUCCUUUUGGGGGGAAAGAUCCCCAUAGAAUUUUUGAUCCUCAGUGUUCCUAAAAUUUAUUUUAAGUCACCCUGAGUACAGUGCUUACAGUGGGAGGGUAGAUACACAAUUUCUGAAAUAAUAUCAACUUGAUAGCCUUAAAACUGAGUACUGAUGCUUAAACCUCCUGUCUAUAAGGCUCUGUGACGAAUGAGAUUUCACAAGAUACUUCAGAGUUUCAAAGGGCUUUGAGUUUGAUACCUUGGUAGCAAAUGAUAAAAACAUAAAAGACCCCUUAGUGUGAAUGCUGAUACACGUACCCCAAAAGCAAGUUCAUUUUAAGUGUAGAAAUCAAACUGGAGCAUCUCAGGUCCCUCUCUGAAAUCAUUUCAGCUUUCAUGAAUGGACGUCAGGGCAUGUUGCAAAGUUAUAUACAAUAAUCUUUUCUUGUUCUUUUUGUUUCUUAAGCGAAUUAGUAGAUGAAAACACAUUCCACAACAAAAUGCCAGAAAAGGUAGAAGGUAAGUUGUAUGUCGUAAAACAGGGUGUAGGAACUCGUUUUGUUUUGCCUGCAAGCACUGGGAAAAUGAUGGUGGCCUUCUUUCCUCAGAAUGCGCUUCUGGCUUAUCCACCGGAACAGCCAAUGGGCAAAAGGAUCUCUUGGUGAUCAACUUUGACCUGGAACCAGAGUGCCCUGACGCAGAAUUGCGUACCACCCUUCAGUGGAUCGCUGCAUCAGAGCUUGGGAUCCCCAUGAUCUAUUUUAAGAAAUCUCAGGAAAAUAGAAUUGAAAAGGUACGGAUCUCUGUUGCAGGAGAAAAAUGAUGGCAAAUGUGGGGUAGCACUCACUGACAGGCAGUAUUUGAAGAACUAAGACCAUCAUGUUUUCUUGUCAUAGGUAUUAGAGUAACAUUUUAAAUAUACUGCCCCGCCUCUAGUAUUUUUAUCUAUUAUUAUUGCAUUUAUAUCCCACUUUGCCUGCACAAAGGUCAAGGUGAUAUAUAUUAUUCUCCCCCUCCCUAUUUAUCCUCCCAACAACCCUUUGAGAUGGGGUAUGCAUAGGGACAGUGACUGGCCCAAGGUCGUCCACUAAGCUUCACUAUUGGGUGGGAAUAAUGAAAUACAAACCUGUGACAGAAAAGCCAUUCAGGAAUGACCUUAGAAUUUGGAUGCCACUCUGUGCUACAUUAAGGUAUCGCAAAAACCUGUGCAGUCACAGUUGUGGGGCACAGAGGCCCCUGUAAACUAGGCUUGCUCUAGUAUCCCAAGCACUGAGAUGCAUAGCAGGAGUUUAGCAGGGCAAUCAAUGUGGUGCCCUCCAGAAGCCCUGGCCAGCAUGACCAAUGGUCAGGGGUGAUGGAAUAUGUAAUCUAAGGACAUCUGGGUACCAUGUUGGGUACCUUCAGUUUAAGCCAUCUUGGCUUGUGAAAUUAGAUGGGAUGCAAAUGUUUUGUCUAAAUAGAUAUGAGUUCUCUCUUGCCUUCAACAGGGAUGGAGCAGGUACUGCACAAGGUCUUGUCUUGGAUCCUAUGAGGUGCUGUGUCAGGACAAGAGCUCAUAGAAUCAAGCCCUGGAUCUUAAAAAAAAAAGUGUGUGAGAGAGAGUUGGUAUUAGGUACAGCUGAGGCAUUGUUUAGUAUUUUCUAAGGCAAAAUAUUUGGGAAUCUUCAGCAAUAAUUUAAGCUGCAUUCAGUAACAACUGCCGAAAUUGUGUCCCAUUAUAGAAACAGCUGUCAGCUUUGCCAUAUGCCUCUGCAAAUACUUUAACCAAUUCCUAAAACACCCCAGAAAGUGAUGAAACACAUCCUGCCUGAAUGCCUGCCCUUGGAAACAGCAAGCCUGGUUGAACAUCUUUAAAAUAUGUGCUUAAGUUUAAAAGACCACAUGUAAAUGGCAAAUUGUCCUGCUAGCUACGGAGGCACAAUAUAUUUCCUCCCUUGUUUUGAAAGUAGAGUGAUGAAGCCUAAUCAGAUAUUGAUUGUGAAAAGUAAAAUAAAAAAUAAAAAGGAGAAAGCGCUAAUUUCCAUUUGCAAACCAAGGGCCUGGGUGUGUGGUGUGAUGAUGCUCUUCGUUUCAAAUAAUAGCAUAGCACAAAAGUAGACAGUAUAAUAUUUUUCCCCAGCUGCUUGGAAAUCUAAAGGAAGAUUUUUAAACACACACAUACACACCACCACACAAUUGGUAUGCAGUAAAAUCAAUGCAUUAUUGUUCCUUCUAGAUUUGACUUCCAAUGACAAGGAGCUUUGGGCAUUUUAGAACCCCUUCAGACUAGGAUGUUUUUGCACAUAUAUUCUGCAACACAUCAUUAACACAGUAAGAGUUGCAUUAGUGGCAGAUUUAUACGGGAUAACAUUCCGCUUUAUUUGCUGUUCUGUGAUGCUUCCACAAUGCAUCAUUGUUAUCUGGAAGGACACUCUUGCAUUACAGCACAACAAAAGUGGGAGAGGAAAUAAGCGGGAACGUUUGUGGUAUAAAAACUUCCAGGAGUUCAGCAAGAAGUUACAGGACCCGCCCUGAUUGGAAAUGGAGCAGUAUGUCUGUAGGCACAAAGCAUAUUUAAAACAGAAUCGUGCAUAACUACCCUGGCAACAUCAUGAGAACAAAUCCUCAUGAAUGCACAACAAAAAAUAAUGUUUGGAGGGACCCUUGAAGAUUUAUGGGAUACUCUGUACUUAAUAAUAAUAAUAAUAAUAAUAAUAAUAAUAAUUUAUUAUUUAUACCCCGCCCAUCUGGCUGGGUUUCCCCAGCCACUCUGGGCGGCUUCCAACAAAAUAUUAAAAUAUAAUAGUCGGUCGAACAUUAAAAGCUUCCCUAAAUAGGACUGCCUUCAGAUGUCUUCUAAAAGUCUGGUAGUUGUUUUUCUCUUUGACAUUUGCUGGGAAGGCGUUCCACAGGGCGGGUGCACUACUACACACAACUCUAGUUCUUGUAGCCACAGGCAGGCAGAAAGGGACUUCAGUGAUGAUGCUGGUGGGCCAGCUACCACAUGUACAGACCCCUUCUACAAAGAAAAUGCAAUGUGCUUGGAGAGAGGACAGGGGUGGGGGCAUUCUCCUUCAGGCCUAAUUUGAGGCAUUUCUGUAGGGAAUACGACCAGAUGAUCUGGUGCAAUACAGAUUCCUCUGGUCUGCCCAUUGUUGAACCACCUCACUCCACUACCUGAGUGGAAAUUUUCAAGUUGGUGCUCUAGGUUUGCCAUUGGGUGUUCUUUCAUGUAACGAUGCAACACAAUGAGCCUGAGGAGUAAAUGUCUAUAACAUCGGCUGCCUCUCUCCCCCUUCACCUUCCUCGGGAAGCGUGACAAUUUGAGGAUUAGAUUCUAAGUAUGCUGCCAACACUGGGGCAGCCUGAGCACAAAAGAACUCUUAUUUGAGACUCCUCAUUCCCUCUGUUCCCCAUGUUCAGGUGUGCAUGCGCUAUUGCUCAAGUAGUCAAAAAGCACUACUCUUAAAAAGGAAGAAAUGUUUUUUAAAAAAUAGGGAAAAACUCCUGGGGGGAGUCCAAGACAGCUAAUGAGAAUGACGUGUACUCAGUUACCAUGGAAUUCUGACUGUUUGCCAGGGCAAGGGGGUGGGCAGAAUUGGAGGAGGAAUGGAGUUUCCAGCGGGAGAGCAAUGCUAGUUUGUAACCUGAACGGGAUCUUCCACCCUGCAACAUUUUGUGCAGAAACCACCGUAUUUACUAUUUGCAUUGUAAAUUCCUAAACAUAGCUUGCCUCCUAUUCUUAAACCAAAGCUUUUCCCUCAGGACUGCUUCAUACAACCAUUUAAGUAUCAAUUGAUUUCUCAUUACUUAUUUACUUGUCACUUGAUCGACAGCUGAGUGUGUCACUGAUUCCAGUCAGAGGUUUUGCUGUGGAGGUGGCAGGAAAGAUCAAACAUGAUUGGCCUGUGGUCACAGGAUCAUAGAGUUGGAAGGGACCCUGCCAUCUAGCCCAAUCCCCAACAAUGCAGGAAUAUGCAGCUGUCCAUAUGGGGAGCAAACCUGAAACGUUGGCAUUAUCAGCAACCAGCUCUAACCAACUAAGCUGACUCAUUCUCACACACAAAAGUCCUCACUUGAUUCUGUAGUCAAUGAGUGAUGAACAAUUAGAGUAGUGUGUGAGCCAGCCCUCCUGGAUUCAUAUAGGUACAGUGAAAAGGAGAGAACCUAAUUGGAUGAAACCAACUCUUAUGAGUAAACAUUUCCCCCCCCCCUUCCAGUUUUUAGAUGUUGUGCAGCUUGUCCACGAGAAGUCCUGGAAAGUGGGCGAUAUCUUUCAUGCCGUGGUACAAUUCUGCAAACUCCAUGAAGAAAGCAGAGAGCGGACUCCGAGCCUGUUUGACUGGCUACUCGAGUUGGGAUAA